AUGCCGCCGCCGGUGGCCGGUCGUCACUUCGUCGGCCGUGUCGACCGCGUACGUACGGGUUUGUCCGCGCCGCGUACGCAGCCCGUAAACCCCGCGCGCGUGUGCUCGCCGACUGCUACUCUACGGUUGGUAUACGUAGGCACAUAACACAACAACUGCGUCUGCACCAUCCGCUGCCACUACCGCCGCCGCCCGAACAGUCGUGGUCCGUGGUACCCAUUACCAUUCCUCCGGUCGCAACCGCCGUUACAACGAAAUCAUAAAUUAUUGUGUCUGUACACUCAGUACGCGCCCGACGACGACGCCGACGACAACGCACUCGACGUGCAAACGCGGACCGGUCGCGUUCGGAUUCGGCCACGAGGCGGUUCGGCCCGAGUAAAUAGUAAUAAUAAUUUUAUAAUACCUGCAGAGUUGCGCGCCGGGUUCGUUUUUUUUAAAAUUAUUUUAAAACUGUUUUCGUUCCGUUUUCGGUUUCCAGCCGCAACCGCAGCCGCCGCCGUCGCCGCCGCCGCCAACGCCGACCCUGCACUCGGGGUAAGUCAGUCUUUUUUUUUCCGUUUUUUUUCAAUAUAAUACGCAGCUAAUGUCCGUACCGACAUCGCGAUCGUUAUAAUAUUAUUACACAUAAUACAUAUUAUACAUAUAUAUAUUUGGUCCCAGGGAAGAAUGGCUCGAGACAAUUUAGUGAAAUGUAUAGUUUUCGAUACGAGCAAAUCCGAUUUUGUUAAAUACAUAAUAUGCGUAUGCCAUUUUGACACGAAAAAUGUGAAAUUAUGAAAAAAAAAAUAUAUGAUUAGAAUCGAAUUCAUCUCCGGAUCAUAGAUACAUCAGGUGGAAAUUUCUAAGCGAUAUCCAACGUCCUCGGCGGUCCUCGUUAACAGAUUGACGGAAUUAUUUAAGAUUUUGCGUUUCGGUCAUAUAGGCCGUAGCAGAGCCGGAUUCGCUCCCACUUCCCGUUAGAUACCUACUCGGGAUAUAAAACUCACCGCUACGUCUUUUUUUCAUUAGGACCCUCUUCCCUUAUAUAUAUAUACACCAAAACCUGGCAAAUACAAAACGUAUUUUGCAUAGAAAUAAACCGUUAUACUUAGGACUUAGCUUAUGCUUGAGUACUUAUCUCUUUAUCUAUACUCUUUACAAAUAUUAUUAUAUUACUAGUUCGAACAAAAAAAAUACCGUCUCGGUCUACAUAAUAUAUUAGUGACCUAAUUAUGGGAGGGGGUAAUGGGGAUAGACCCCCUCCCCGGAGCCAGAGUCUUAUUUAUAUUAAUUAAUGUACCUUAUUAGUAUAUCUGUUUGUAAGUUUAGGUUAGAUUAGGUAUUUAUGAUAUGGUUAAUGGUGGUCACCACUUAAAAGUGUUCAAAUUAUACAAUUUAUUUUUACAUUUUACGAAAUACGAAUAAUUAACCAUUAGUAAGUGGGAAGUUUAAAAGGUAGAAGACAAGUCGUACACGUCAUGUUUUCUAUCAGUGUGAAUAAAAAAUUCCACAUCUCUGAAGGUAGGUAGGUAUAGAAUCGGAAUAUUUCACUCACCAAAAAAAGUUUUUUCAGCAUCAUGAAAUACAUUCUACACUUAGAAUUUAAAAUGUGACACCUUAGUAAAACUAAUAACUUCUUCGUUAUACUCAGAAUCUAAAAUAUAGGUCUUAUGGGAAGUGUGGGGGGGGGGUCUUUAAACAACGUUUAUUUAACAAAUGAUCCAUCUCGCCUCUCAGAACAACAUUAUGCCACUGGUCUAUAAGUAUUAAAUAUUGUUACGGCUAGUGUAAGACUCUUGUAACAGUGUAUACCAGUUUAAACAAUAUAAAACAUUAUUUAUACCAUUCUCAAAAUUAAGCUACAAUUAUGUUUUAUUUCAUCUUAAAAUAGAAGGUUAUUUUCUUUUCUAUCUAUAAAUGAAGCGAUAGAAAGUUAUGCCGUUUGCAUUUUUCUUAAAGAAAUAUUGACAUAAAAGCAAAUGCCCCCAGCGGAAAAAUUUUAAUAGUUUUAGGAGCGGCAGUUUUAUCGAGUGUAUUAAUUUUUUUUUAACACUAAAUGUAUAACAUUUAAUAGUAUCAUUGAUUAAUUGAUUAAUCUACGAAUUUAUUUUUCUAAGUAAUAGGUAAUUUCUUUAAGUGCUAUUGUAUACAAGGACCGUGAGUGAUUUUAUGUCGAGUACGGUCGCCUUUUGUGUAAACUGUUUUCUUAACCGUGUUGUCUUUACUUAGUACCCCCAAGUAAAAUGUAAUAAAUGAUAACAGAUUAUCGUAUAAAAUAAUUUUGAGAUGAAUGUGUAAUAUGAGUGAAACAUAUGAAAUAUUAUUGGGUGAAAAUAUGUAGGAGGGGAGGGUUAGCCAUAAAAUUAUAUCGCCCUGGGUGCAUAUAUUCUAAAUGCACCACGAUUGUCUAUGUCCACUCUUAAAAUGUAUGUUUUCUUGUGUUUUCAAUUUUUUUCACUAUGUUAUAAAUUGUUCAUACUAGUCUACUACUCUACCAUAAUUUUUUUUUAUUAUUAUUUUUUUAAUUUAACGGGCAACGGCUGACAAAUUUUUCUUUAACGAUAUUUUAGGAAAACAUCAAUUCACUGACCUCGAAAAUGUUUUCCUUUUAAAAUUGUGUUACCCUUGUGCAAACUCUAAUAUUUUACAUAAAACUCCACAAUUUAUGUUCUAAAUUAUUAUAUUUUCGUUGUACACGUUUCUUGCAGCUGUUAUAAGUAAGGCGGUAUAGUGAGACGGUAUAAAUGUGCGGGUGUACGGGACCUGCAGCUAACGUCCGGACGAGUAUUAUUUAAUAUUUCGUUCGUUUUUCGAAUCGAAAAAAAUCGGUCAAAAUGAAAAAUAAAUAAAUCUUCGAACUAUACUUAUAUAUGUGUAGGUAUAUGAUAUUAACAUUGCAUCGUAAACGCAUUAUAACAACCACAUUUUGGAAGCAGCUGGUCGUGCAGUCUCCCUUCAUUUUUCAUUUCUUCAACCGUUCGCCCGCCCUCCAAAAAACUCCCUUCUAAAUCCGGCUAAGCGAGAACACAACAGUUUGUGUGUAGCUUUCCGGGUCUAAUAUAAUUUUUCAAAACCUACUCACUUCACAUAUAAUAACAAAUAUUAUUUCUGUUUGCCAUUUGUUUUCUCACCCUCCCGCAGCGAUUUCUCUGUCCGUUGCGCUGCAAUAUUUUUGUCCUGUAAAGGAUAUUAUAUGUUUCUAUACGUAUACUUUUAUUCCAGCAAACGGUUAAACGAACAGUCGCGACGGGGUAUUUGAAUACAUUUUUCAAAAAAAAAAAAAAUACGAUAAUAUUAGGUAUAUUCGUCGGUUAUUCUGACGUACGAUUUUUUUUUUUUCACUUUAUUGGUCGUACACUUUUCCAUCCGUACACGCCGGCUGUUUUCUCUUCAAUAUACAAACGUGAAACUAUGUGCAGAGCUAUGCAUUUAAAAAACAAACAAUAUAAGUAUACACAUAUACAUAUACAAAUAAUGAAAAUAUUAUUACUCGUAGAGUUAAAAGUUUUAUCGACGUUUUUACAGCGGUAUAGAUAUAUAUUUUAAGACUUGGGCAUCGUUUCCUUUUUUUGUUUUUUUUUUUCUUACCCCUCAUACGAUUUUGUUAGAGUUUAGAAAGAGAGAGAAAGAGAGAGAGAGAGAAAGAAAAGAAAGCAGGUAGGUAUUUUUAGAAAAUUAAAACAAAUUAUCCGAAAUACUCUUGGCCUGGAUUCGUUUCCGUAUAAUAUAAUUUUAUGUAUAAAAAAAAAAAACGAAUUGGCCACGACGACGAUAAGAUCGUUUUUUUCAGUUAAACUAAAAAAAAAAAAAAAACUAAAAUUAAAUGAUCAUUAAGAACUAUUUUUGGUUACCUAAAACUGGGGUUUGUUAAACGUGUGCGUGGCACGUGGACAUAAUUUUAGACUCUAGGUGAAUAAUGUUUGCGGAGACGUCUAAUUUAAGAAACGUCCUGUUUCUUACCCGUGAAUGAAUUAAAAUAUCUGUUGCAGUAUGACAUCAAAGGCCCUGUGUGUCGUUUCAAUUAUCAUAAAGAGAAUCUGUUUUCAUCAAAAGAACAAGCAAAGUCCGAUCUGUAUAAUAUUAAACAGGCUCGAUAACAAUUAUUAUAUGAUACUAAUCCGACUGUAUACUUUUUUUAAUAUAAUGAUAAUAAUAUACUCGUAUAUAUUUUAUUAUUAUCCAUUCGUAUACAAAUGUAUAUUCUUCGCAAUUGCCAUCGUUUUUGAUUUCAUACAUUAUAUUGAACACAAAUCGGGACGUCAUUUCUGUUUUUCAAUAGUGAUGCAAAUAUUUUCCUUCCAGCGGCCCAUUUAUAAAUGCGUUUUGUUUUGCGGAUCUGAAAACAUUUUUUUCUCGCUUGUAUUCGUAUUCCACCCACCUUAUAUUGUAAUAUUCAAAUACUAUAAAUGUAAUAAGUAGAGAAAUAUCCCUCUUACCGGGACGUCAUUUCAGUAUAUUUUUGGGGCGUGCAAGCAGGCCAUUAUAAAUAUUUCACCAGGCCACAUAAAAAUAUACAUAUUAUAUAGAUACGAGGUACCUAUGUAUAUCAUCCUGCUUUUAAUUGUUUCAAUAGAUUAUGAAUCGUAAUAAACACAAAUAGUAAAAACCUAUUCAAAGUCCAAAAAUUACUAAAUAAUUGAUACUUUACCUCUGAAAACCAAUGAUUAAUGCAUACAAAUAUGAAAUAUUGAAGAUGAAAAACACAUAGCAUGAUAAGUUAUGUGUAACGUCCGUGUUUCGUUCUCACAUCUCAGACGGCCAGACCCAGGUAGAUGUCAGUGGUUCGAUUACCUUGUGAAUUUUACGUUUUAUCGACGACGGUACAAUUAUAGACAUUUAAUUAAAAAGGGCUGUCAAACUCAGAAACUCUUACAUGAUGCCCCUGAAACAAAUAAAAAAAAAAAUAUUCCGAAUAGAGCUCGGUUAAAUCAAUAAUAUUUAAAGUUAAUUUAAGUUAAUUAUGUACAUUUUUUUUUCGUGUUUAACUAUACAAUUUUAUUAUAAUUGUUCUUAUAUUAUCUGAAAGAAUUUGACGAGAUUUUGUUUUAUAAUUUCCAUCAAAGUUAUCAACUUAUCAUUUAAAAAUGUAUUACCCUUUCUUAGCUAUACUCCUCCGGUCUAAACUUUAAACGGGGUCAUAACUCAUUAACGGUACAUAUGAUAUUAGUGUUAUGCAAAUCAAAAUUUCUAGACAAAUAUUCGGGGGGGGGGGCGGGGGUUCAUAUUUAAAGUCUAUUCUUAUUUUUAAGGUAUCUAUAUAUACAUGGUAAAAAAUUGAAAAUUGUUUUUAAUAAAAAAAAUUAAACGAUUCCAAAAAAAAAAAAAAAAAAAUCAUCGUAUACCUAUUAUUAUAAUAUACGAGUACGAAAUAAUACGCACGGGUAACAAUCGUAGUAACAGCAGCGGCACGGGUAUUUUACAAAUAUCACAAUAAUAUGCCCGCCUGCCCAUUUUAUACGAGACCGAUUGCCGCGGUGCAACACGCGACAAUAUUAUGCUCGGAUGUAUUAUGCAAUUUAUGAUUAUUGUUAAGCGGUCGCCGCCGCCGCCGCCGCGUAGUCGCACUCGACGGGGUUUUUUUUUAUCUAUUGCCGUCGCAUUUGUAGCGAAACGCGCUCACGCGUAAGCCGCAAAGGUCUUUUGGAAUCGGUUUUGGGGAUAAAAAACACACUGGCCCGCUAUUGAAUGUACAGUGUGUAGACGUUUACAACGGACACCACUUCGACAAUAAGAACCGGGCCGUUGUCGUCGGCGUUUUACAAUAAUCGACUCGUCGCCGCGUAGGUGCGCCUAACCGCGGCGGCGGUAUUGUGUGGCUCGAUAAGACGUUGUCGGCGAAAAAAAAAAAUGCCGUUAAAGAGCGCUCGUCGGAUUUUACGUUACGCAUUGAACUUUGGCAUAGAUUCUGGUAACGUCAGUUAUCGCUGAUUUUUCGUUACAAAACCGAAUUUUGUGUUACCGACGCAAUUAAAUUUGCAAUUGUUUUUUUUUUUUUUUUUUAAAUUUAACUAUCGAGUUACAAAAAUGCCGCUGCAGAUGUAUUAGUGAUGUGCCACAAGUCCGGGUCACUCAAAAAUUUCAAUUUUGAAUUUUGAAAAUCGAGUUUUUUUCGUUUUUUUUUUUUUUUUUCAAUCUAAGUCGUUACACAUAAGUAUUUAUGUAUACAUUGAAAAAUGUUUAUUGAACGAUUUUAAUGCAAAAAAAAAAAAAAAUAAUAAUAAUAAUAAUAACAAAACGUGUAUUACAUAUGUGCCAGUUAUCCAUUGUUUAGCUUUAUUUGAUGAUUUUGCUUAGCGUGUGAGUAUUUAAAAAAAUAUUAUUAUCGGAUAAUCGAAAACUGUUAUCAUGCACCCGCUGUACAUUAUUUUAAUCCGGCAUUUGGAUUUCGCAUUCUAAAAAUCCUGAUUAUCGAACUUCAGCAAUUCCGGAUAUUUCCCACCACCAUACUAUGAUAUAGGUAUACUAUAGGCUGUAUUUUGCAAAACGACCCGGGGAAAAAAAAAAAAGAAAACGAAAAAAAGGCUUCGCAUAAUAAAAUGUAGAUUUGCCAAGUCGUUUGUGCUUCUCACGACACCUCAAAAGCUUUGGGGAAAUCGUUGACUUUAGGAUAAUCCAUAUAAUAUGUAUAUAUAUAUUUGUAAAUUUGUAUAAAGGCGCCAAAAUGCAAUUAUAUUAUAUUAUUUUAUUAUAACCGACCGCUGCAGUUGUUUCUAUAUUAUGGUACGGCGUUAUGAUAAUAAUAUAAUAUUAUAUACAAAUUGCGUAUUAUCAUUAUUACUAUUAUUAUUAUUAUUAUUAUUAUUAAUAUUAUUAUUACUGUUAUUAUUAUUAUUAUUAUUAUUAUUAUUAUUAUCAUCAUUAUUAUCAUUAUUAUUAUUGUUGUUGUUAUAGCAUGUAUUGUAUAAAGUUAAUAUUACGGCGAUAAGACGCAUUAUUGUACGUACCGACACUGUGAUAAUGUGUUUUUGAAUUUCCGCCGCGGCAACAGGUUUUCUGCGGCAGACGGAGUAGUGCGUACUCAAUGCCCGUAAUGUCUGUGCGAGCGUAUGUUUCUGUAAUAUUAUUUUACGUUUCGCGUUCUCCGCAGCCGAUAUACGUAAUGCGUACGUUGAGUACAGAGUGAUUAUUUUGUCGUGCGCAACCGCGCGCCGUCGUCGCCGCCUCGUGUCCGGAUUGACGGUCCGCGGCAUCGGCCGCGUCGUCGAGAACCGUACGGGAGCACGUCGACACUCGUCGGAACGGAACGGUAAAAAUCAUUUCAAAUCGUAUUACUCCGCGUGAAAAUCCAAUAACGUCCGGCCGCGGCGUGUCUCGGACGGUGACGCCCCGUAGGCCGGUCGAUACGAGAGAAAAUCCGGCCGUGCUCGUCGUUAUUAUAUUUUACAACGCUGCUGUCCGCGUCGUGCGAAAAGCCCGGCAAGGCGGGCCAUACGCGUGGACGGGAUGUGUGCUGGUCCGUCGCGGUCCACGAUACCCGCGCGACGGUGUAACGUAAACGGCACGAAACGCGGUGAAAUUCCGCAAACGCAUUUAAAACGGAUUGAAAUAUAAACCUGCUAUAUCUCUCUCUCUGUGAGUGUGUGUGUGUGUGUGUGUGUGUGCAUAAUACGUUUUAUAAAACGAUUCGAUCAGCUCUGCGAAAACAUCGGCAGACGAUCACCGGCAAUGACGGUACGCGGUUCAAACGGACCGCCCUGUAUACGGUUAACGACGUGACGCGUCUUGAUGUCCGGUGUAGACGUCCUGCUAUACGUUCAAACGGAACAUUCGGCAUGAAAACGCGGUAGUUUCAUUUCGAGGACAGAAACCCGUGAACGGUGUGUUUUAAUUGGCUGUCCUUGGAGUGCUAAUUUACUCUCUCUCUCUCUCUCUCUCUCGCACACUAGGCUCUAUAUCAGGCUCUGUCUCUUGAUCCGUUUGGACGUAUCCCAGUGUCCCGUAUCCCAGUCCUCGGGGUGAAUAAUUGUCAACGUCCCGUGUACUACAAGUACAUGGGCAAUACGAGGUACACAGCAACAGGCGGACAGGUCCGAAAAUCCCGCGGUCCGAUGGUCGCAGAAUAAAGGUUAAUAAUAUAUGUACGCGUAUUAUAUAUUAUACAGAGCGAUUCAAAAUGUACGUUACAUCCAUUUUAUCAUUUUAUCAUUAGAAAUAGAAAAGGAUGCAUAAUACAAAGGUUUUUCGUUUUAUAAACAUCUAACAAAUAAUUUGUACUUUUUUUAGGUUUAAUGUCUUUCUUUCUUUCUUUUGGGGGUGGACUUUUCAAACGAGAACCACUAUUCGAAAUCCCGUUACACAUACGGAAUAGUAAUAGUUUAAACGAAUUUCGGCGUUGCGAUUUGUGAUUUCCGUCGACCCGUUGACGAGAUAUUUCGCUUUUCGGUUUAGGCAGGGGCGAGUAGCGGAACACAUUUCCAUCGUCGCGCGCUCCGUGCCGUACGGCCACAUCGCCAGCGCGCAAUGUUCCGCUGCUCUCUUACUCCCCUUACCCAAACGCAAAAAGCGGAAUAUCUUUUGCACAAUACGUGUUUCGCCGAACGUUUACACGUUGAUACGUAACAGUUGUAACGUAAAUUUUGAAUCACGCCGUAUAACAUAAUAACGCGAGUAAUAACGUAACAACGUAUAUAACGUAUACUUGUACGUUAUAAGAGCGAAUUUUUUGGUUGUUAUGAAAAAAAAAAAAAAAAACCAGUCCACUCGGACGGCGACGCUCGACGGUAGGUAUACGCGCGCACGCACUCGCGCGCACGUUUAUAUUAUUAUACGAGAGACUCGAACGGAUUUUGCCCAUACAUUUAUUAUUAUUAUUAUUAUUAUUAUUAUUAUACAACAGCACUCUAUUCGAAUGUUAUUGCGUAAAAAUACAGCCGCCGCAGCCGCCGGCGGCGUGCCUAACCAGAUACCUAUAACCGCAUGUAACCGCGCGCACGGUCGGAGAACGUUCGGCCCGCGUAUGAAAACGCGGGUCGCGGUCUUCUUCCCCCUUCCGCGGGUUCCACUCGCGUGGCGUUAUUUCCAUAUUCGCAAAAAAUUUUUUGCAAACCUAGUUUUCUGGUUUUUUUUUUUUUUUUUUUUCUGUGUCUACGUGCCGUUUUAUAAUUUUAUUCGCGAUUUUACGUAUUUCAUUAUUUCGCGACGAGUACACUGCCGUGAGAAUUAUUAUCGGACGAGUUCUGCGGUCGUAAACUCCUCGGGCCUACUCGCCAACAUAAUACAAUUUACAAAAUAAUAUUGUUCUAUAAAAACGUAUGCGUAUUAUAAUUACGCAAAGAGCCUACAAUAUUAUUAGAAAUUGGUCGUCGGUGACGUCAUUUUUGUUCGGUUCCCGUUAUCAAUAAUAAAAUUUCUUUCGAACAAUAGGUAUUAUCGAUUGAAAUGUUAAUGUUAUUCUAAACGUUUUCAAGUCGAGACCAUCGAAUUUUUUAUCAGUUUAAUUUAAUUUUUGUUUUUUAAUUUGUUUUUUUAUCAUACGAUUAACAUAUUUAUGUAAAUGAGUUUAAGGGAUCCCAUUAUAUUUACUGAUAAUCAUAGGCUAAAAUUUAGUCCAUUCUGACCAUAAUGUUUAGAUGAAAAAUUACACAAUAAUAUUAUGAUGCUGUCCGUUGAUAAAAGGUUCAGCGGUCACUUCGAAAUUAUGCUCGUAUGCUCUUUGUACGUACUUAUAGCGUGUAGGCUAUACGUAUUUAUCAAUUUAGAAUUUUCGGUAAACAUUUUCUCUACUUGAAUACUUGCGCGUUUAUUUUUAUAAACCUACUGAGAAUUUUAUUAUUGUAUCAGAAAUACUAAGCGGACGAAGAAUGUGUUCACUAUAUAAUUUCUUAUAAUAUAACUAAGACUAACAAUAUAAUAUAACUUUUUUAUUUCAUUAACAGACGAUCGUAUAUACGAUGUACCUAUUCUAUAAAAUCUGCGCGCGAUCAAAUGUAUCUGUGAGAGUUUUAAUGUUCCGAUACUUCUACACGGAGUCAUUAAACGAUGUAGACUCCCCCUGCGGUUUGGUGAUUGGUUUUGCCCAACAAUUUAUAGAAAAAAAAAAAAACGGACAUACUUUGCACGAUAAGUGGGCCAAUGUUGUAGACGAGACGUUGGAAAGAUAGAGGGGAAACGUAAUGUAUAUCUGUACGCAACAAUAAACCAUUGCUAAUGAAAAUUGUUCGGUUGUACAAGUUUUGAAAGGCAGUAAUAUUUAUGUUUCGAAAAUAUUAUAUUUAAUACAUUUUCUCUUUGUUCCCGGUUUUUCCCAUUGAGUAUUAAAGCCUCUGGAAAAAUCAAAAAAUUACCUCCCGAAAGUAACACCCCAGUCUAAUUUACUUUAAGAAAAGUGCUGUACUUGAAAAUCGGAGAAAAUUUCUGGUAGAAAAGUUGUUCACAGAAAAAAAAAAUAAACAUCAUUAUAAUACAUUUCUCGCUACGUACAGAAUCUGAAAUACGGGCAACAUGAUACGAUGCAUCUGUUGUAGACAAAAUUUAUAUAGACCACAGAGAAAUCUUACAUUUUUAUCAUAUAGACGGAUAACAUCUCAAGGUUCACACUGAAAUGUUGAACUUUUUAAGUUUAUUUUUCUGAUUGGUUUUCUACCUGAAAAAUGCGAUUUAAAUUUACUUAACCUGCUAUAAUUAUAACGAGUUCCAGUUGUAUUUUUUUUCUUUUUCUUUUUUCUGUUUCCUACUUUUGAACACUUUUAGCGGCUCCCUUUGGACGACCAAAUGAGCUAACACUCGGUAAUCGGAGUUGUUUUGAUAGGCGGAUUGAAUUGAUAAAAGUUGGGCUGCAUUUCAAUAUGAAUGUUGUACAGUGAGAGGAGGGUAUUUUUUUAAGCUUUUGAACACCUAGCUAUAGAUAAUCCACAAAUAAACCUAGAGUGAUUGUGUAUGCAGGGACGUGCCUUUUGGUGGUUAUGGUUUUUAAUCCUCACCCUUUUCAUUAUGUACUAAAAUUUCAAAAAUUUUUUUUUGUUAGUAUUAUUAUAGGUAUAUAUUUUACUGUAUUAUAAUAAUAAAUAAUUAGGUUUUUUAUCGUUUAACAAAGAAUACGUCUGUAAUAUUAAAUAUGUGUGUGGGAAAUUCAACUCUGCUGCUAGUAAGUGGUUUGUACACCGUCUCCCCGAAUCUUCUCUCCGGAUCCCGGAGUAAAAACAGAAAUAAACCGAAACUCGUGACGCGAAAAGCCCUUUUUGUGAAAAUGCCUACGACGAUAAUAUAAUUACGGUACGAAGAACCGAUCCCUAACCGUUUACACGCGCGCGACAUUACGGACCCGAGCUUUUCCGGAAAUCUUCGCUUUUAACCGAGCCUUUGUCUUCCGAGUUUCUCCGGCGCGGUAAUAUUAUUAUAAUUUUCACGAUAGUGUUAUGCGAAAGCGACGAUAAUAAUAAUAUUGGGACGGCGACGCAUACUAUUAUACGCACAAAAUAAUUAAUAUUCCUCUUAAACGCUUCUAAUUUUCAGGCAAAUGUCCGUAUAUACUGCUCCCGACUACGAAACCUAUACUCGAACCCAUUAAAAACGACCGGAAUUGAACGGCGGUCCUUUUAGAUGAGCCGUCGAACGUUUUCCGAAACGUCGAGCAUUGCACACGUCGCGGUCGUUUCGUAUUCGCCGCCCAGACACAAUAUAAUAUGACAUACAUUAUUAAUAUUUUAUUAUACAAAAUAUUAUUAUGUAGAUCGUCUUUCCCCGUGAGUCUAUAUUUUGUAUACGCGUGACGAAACACUUAUAAUUACUUAUAAUAUAUACGAGAUAAUUAUUAUAAAUUAUUAUCAUUGUCAAUGGUUAGGUUAGGUUAUUUCACUUAUAGGUAGGGGGAGAGUUGUAGUGGGGCACUAAUAAUACGCCGCCGUCACACGAACGAUACUCCACUACUGCCCCUGCCCUGUCUAAACUUAAAAGUGGAAUAUCUGGUCAACGGGUUGAUGGAAAUUGAACAUUUUGACACCAAAAUGUAUUUGAAGUCAUAGGCACUUUAUCUAUUUACAUAUUUUUAAAUAUGAGUUCUCAUUUGAAAAGCCUAAUUCAGUAUCGUCACAGUAUAUAUCUUGAAUGUUAUUAUAUCCACUGUAACUAUAUACACUUAAAAAUUCCAAAAAUUAGAAUUUGAAUGUAUGCCAAAUUUAACCGAAAAAAUGGGAUGAGCGCUCUAAGUGAAUUACCUUAUAUACAUAUAAUAUAAUAACUACACACAUUUUAUAAUAGUUUUUUUCAAUAUUUCCGAUAACAAAACAUUAAAAACAAUUAAAAGGGACCCUGAUUGGCGAAUUAAAUCAAAGCGGUCGAGAGUGAAAUCGGACAAAUUAUACGAGGAAGAAGAGGCCACAGUAAAAGGAACGUUGUAUCCAAUAGGACGCUAGUGGGAACUCUAAAGUUAAUUUCAGAAAGCGAAGAAGGAGAGUCAAAUGGAUUGGAUAACAGUCUGGACAGGAAUGAAUUAUUAUUGCCAAGGCGAUGGUAAUCCGCACAGCUGCAGGACAAUCCAAGCUUAUAUAUCGUUCGAAGAACGCAAAACCCAUUACACCGAGUCGAACGGCCUUAAUUUUCACCGGAAACGUAUAAGUCUUCUUAGUGCCUUAACCUUCAAUAACGCCCUUUGGAAACAAUAUUCAACCAAAUUUUUCCUUUUACUAUUCAUUUUUAUGAUACUCCUUAAAUUCACUAUAUAUUUUUGACGCCCUAGAGAAUUUGCCUCAUUUGCUCCCCCCCCACAUGUGAAACGGCUAUGAGUCUCCUUCUGAAAUAUAUACGAAUAUACUCGUUUAUAUACUGUCCUCAACGCGCAGAUAAUAGUCUUUAUUUUAUUAUACUGCUAGUCGCUUUCCGAAAAUUAAUCUAAUUAUUCUUACCUAUAUAUUAUUAUAUCUCACGUCUCAAUGAAGAAGAGUUUAAGUAAAUUGUUCGUGUUUAUUUUUAUAAAUUUUCUUACCCGUGUAAUUUGUUUCGAUAAUUGUUCCUAAUUUUCCAUAGUCCCAUAAUAUUUUCGUAAUUUUCUCCCUUAUUUUUUGUAAUUUUUAAACUUAAAUAUUUUUUUUUUUUAUGAGAUUGACUUAAUGUUACAAUAUAUUUUAUACGUUAAUGAACAUUGACAAAAAAAUAAGACAAAAUUUCGAGCCGAUUUUUUCGUAUGUUGGUGAUCUUAAAUAAACUCCUAAACGACUCCUCCUCCCCUGGUUGAGAAACACUGUACACUGCUCAAUAGUACGAAAAAGCGCGUAUAUGCACAAAAAUGCACGAAUACUCAGUAUAAUACUAUAGGUAGUAUAAGAUUUUCGAUUGUUUUUCUCCGUUUAUCGACGUACAUUGAGGACGGGGAGGGAUAAUAAUAUAUUCGCUAAAAUAUAAUGUGAUAAAAACAGUAAAACAAAAUGUUAUUUUAAACGUUAAUUAAACUGUUUAUUAUUUUCUCUCACUCCUACCAUAUAUUAUAUACAUAUACGAUGUAUUAAUUGAGAUUCUCGUGCAGUCCUAUUACUAAUUAUACCUAUGUAUAAUAAUGUACGCGGCGAAUUGUCGAACAUACCUAUCUAUAAUGGUAUUAUUCUCUAUCGUAUCCGGUAAAAGGACUCGGUUUAGUCCGACUAACGAUGAUAUUCGUGAGCAAGCGCGUUAUUCGUGUAUCGCGUAAAAAAUAUUAUUAAAUAGGGGUUCGCAAACUGUCGACCGAUGACUAUUAUAGUCCAAUGCUCGAAUGGUGGGGGGGGGGAACGAGGACGGACGCUGAUGAUUUUAUAGUUUUUUAGAAAACAUCGUUCCGUUACUAUAAUACACCUAUGUGUAAUAUAGUAGAUUAUAAUUAAUGUGUUACGCAAACCGCGGGGGGACUCAUCCGUAUGCGUGAAGUAAAUUAAACAAUUAAUUAAUAAAUCCGCAUUGUUAAACGAAAAAAAAAAAAAGCUAUUGUCGAAAAAUAAUAGAAUUUUAAGUUGAUUUCUCUGCAAGCUUUUGAGUCUAAGAAAAUCGGUCGUAAAAGUCAUCAGUAGACAAAGGACAUAUUAUAUAAUAUAUACAAACAAAAGUUAUAACGAAAUGGUUUUUCGAUGUUUGUACAUUUUUUCCACGAAUCCAAAAGCCAGAAUCGUCAACAACCGAUUUUAAAUUUGGAUGACAAUGACAGUUGAACAUAAUAUUAUGUUGAGCUAUAAUAAUAAAGACAGACUUGCUCGGAAACUUCUGUACAAAUAAUGCGGUACGCUAAAAAAAGUAAAAUGCAAGAAAAAAAAUUGAAAGAGAACUUUGUCCAACUGCGUCCGAUUCCCGAUUUUUGUUUGGAAAGUUUUUCGAAGAAGACCCUAUUUUAUAUUUUUAAAUUGUAUAAAUUCAAAAUAAAAAAAUCGUAUCGAUUAUUAAAAAUGAUUUUCAAAUGUUUUUCGUGUGAUCACAGCUGCAGCGACCGAGUUGAAGGCAAUGUGGACAUAUACAGUUUCACCACGCGUAAACGCAUAAUAAUAACCGAUAAUACUGUUUAUUAUGUUUAUAUCCCAGCGAAAUCACCGCUGCAAUCGUAUUAAAUAAAUUCUAAAAAUUGUUCAAAAAACGUACGAAAGAGUAAAACUUAAGAGCAAGACUGGGUACCUGAGCUGCCAAUAAUCGAUUCGAGUCAAUUGUCGAGCCAAACUAAUCCCUACAAAUAUAGUCCCUAUUAUUAUUGUUUUUAAAAAUCUGCACCGUGAGAUUUUUCCACGACGUAAAUGUGAGUCGAUAACAAUAAAUAACGCUGUAGAAACAGAUAUUUCUUUUGUAUGUCAGAAUAUAGGUACUCUUAUUUUUAAUACUAUGUAUAGUGUACCGCGAUCCGCAGGUCGAUCAUAAAAAAAAAAAAAAACUUUUAUACUUAACGCCGUUAUCGGUCGAUCGUGUGCAUAUAAUGAUACGCGUAAUUUAAUGAAUAAAAAAUGUACACGGAUAACACGCCGACGAAAACGCAAGAUUAUUAUAUUCGACUACACGUUUUCGUUUUUAGGUGUUAUUUACUAUUUACGCCGUAAUCGCGAUAUUUGCACGCACAAAAACGUAUGCAAACGGGUAGCUACAAACGUUGACAUUUCAUAAAAAGUAUAGACGUACCUACAGCAAAAUCAACUUAUAAUGGACACAUACGAGACGAUCAAAAGUGUACGUGUGUGUAUGUGUACGGGUUUCUAUGCGUCGCAGAAAUGUUUUUUUAGAAAGGUCAAAUUCAUUCAGCUGUUUACGUUUUACCGAUGCCAAAUUUUUCAGCGAAUGUUUACUGUAGUGCGAGUCUUAUUUCUACCGAAUAAUUUCCACUUUUUGUUUUGAAUUGACGAGAUAUUACACUUAUAGGUAAUAAGAAUGGACGUUAAGUGAUAAUAACCCUUAUCUGCGGAUAAUCAGCCAGAAGACGGUAAACGUAGUUUUUAAUUAUUCGCUGAUCGUUGAAAGUGAGUUCAGUUAUCAAAUAAUUUGCGGUAAACAAUAUUGUCGAAACAGUUUGUUCGCUAAAUUAGUAUUUUUUUUUCUUCUUAGGAUUCAGCGGGCAUUAAGACCGUCCCGCCACAUGUCCAAUUAAUCUUCAGCCUUCCUUAUUGUACGACUAUAUACUCGUGUCUUCCAAUACGGUCGUCCGUUUAGUACCUAUACGUCUUUUUCCGUAUUUAGGUUGGUCAAAACCAAAACAUGCAUCGCCAAAACACGCCUAAAAUAAAAUAAAAUAAUACUCGUAUUGAAAUUUUCGCCAUCCUUCGCACAUUAUAUAAAGAAUAAUAUUACGCACGUCGGACUCUUGUGUGCGGCGAGCAUCCUGUUCACGUGUGCGACGAACGCUCGUUAUUAUUCGUUACGCAACUUAAAAAUACAGGAGGAAAAAAAAAAUUAUUAUUACGUUUUGCACGCCGUUUUCGUGUACGCGUCAUGGCAUCCACCGUCGCCGUUGUUCUUAUUAUCGCCCAUAAAUAUUUUUACCUACCUAUCUACCUACCUAUUUAAUGUCUUAAUAUUUACUAUACGGCUAAGCAGUCUACAGGUGGUCAUGGCAAUUCGAUCGCGAUCCUUCGAAAGUGUGCCAGAUUCAGAGCUGAUAAACUGCUAAUAAAAUAAAUAACAAUAACUGACUGCUAUUUCUUAUUUCUUUCUUUUAAAUAAUAGCUCUAUGCUACAUUAGUUAUUACAAUAUUAGUUACAAUAGUAACUAUAGUGGUUGCAAUAUCAGUAGCAGUUACACAUUUAUUGUGCAUAACGAAUAACUAUAUAGUAGUUCUGUGACUGGAGUUUAUCUGGUUUUAUCGAUGUUUUAAUCAAUGUUUUCAUGGAAAAAUAAUUGUCCGUUUAAAAUUAUGGUUUUACUAAGAACGAAUAAGCUGUAUAGUAGUUCAUAGUGGCAUAAUAUCAGCCCAUAAAAAUAUUUUUUCAUGUUUACAUCACGAAUAAUAAUAACAAUGGUAUUUCGAUAGUAAUACGUAAAAAUAAAAAUAGGUUAAUUUUCGACUAAGUUUUGAUAUGAGUAAGCGAAUGAAAUUGCUGAAAAAAAUUUAAAAUUGAUAAAAUAAUUAUAACAGCAACACUUCCGCAUUUACACAUAAAAUACAGCGCGGUAAAUUUGAAUCUAUUUGGUGCCGAAAUAGAUUCUACAAGUUUAAUAUGCGUCCUGGUGUGCCAGUGUUUAUUGACCUCUGUGAAAUUUGACUAGGGAAGUAAAAUAUAAGAGAGGUUAAUAUGAUCACUAGUAUACUUUACAUUUUAACUCUCAGUCAGAGUAGUUGACUCGUGUAGUCUUGCAUGUAUGAAUUUUAGUAUAUCAGUGAAUGAAAAUGAUUACUAUCUUGGUCUGCUUCCACUUGAAUUUUGUUAUUUUGUUUGUAAUACGUGCACCAAUGACGUAGCGAACCAUUGUUUAGAAACAGUUGCUUCUGAAUUAUAUAGGGUGUUUUUUUUUUUUUUUUAUGAAAUUUAAAUGAUUAGGGGAGAUACAUUCCUAUACACGUAUAUGCAUAGCUAUUAUAACGGUUAUAGGUAUUGUAAAGUUUACUGGAUCGGAGUGGGCGGUGGUUGUAAAAGAAAAUGAUUUGUUUAUAUAUUAUUUAAAGUUUGUGACGCCACUAACGUGCGUUAUCGGAAUAACGAGGUAAACAAUUUCAGUUCUUUGUCCGUUAAAAUUAUUAUUAAUUAUAUUUGUAUAGUAUUUUAUUAAUAUAAUAAAACCCUGAAGUUAUAAGCACCUACCUGCUCAUGAAUAUUUCACUGCACUUCCUCCGAUUUGAGCCACCAAAUUUCGUGAAUAGAAACCGUUGCAGACAUGUAGUGAGCCUGCUGAUUAUUGUCAUUUGUAUUAUUAGUAUUUACAUAAUCACGAAUCCGUCAAAGCCGGUAUAUAAUGACGAGCAGCAGUCGUUACGAUAUUUCAUCAUUAUUAAUAGUUACCUAUUCAUCUGCUUAUUCAUUAUUAUAUGUACAGAGUGAUUCUUUUAUCACAAACCGGCGAUACGAAGAUUUUGAAAGAAUUUUAAUUUCGGUUUAGUUAUAAAAAUUGGAACUUUUCGAAACCAGGAAGAGGUCUGCAAGAAGCAGACCUAGGAAACGAUGAAGUCAUGGAAGAAUUCAGGAAUAUAAAGUAUAAGAAAAUAUGAUUGAUCAGUUUAGUGGUGUAUAUUAUACAGGAAUUAUUUUCACUAUGGGCCUAUUUACCACUAGCUUAGCCACAAAUGAAAAUUUGUUAGAUGGCCGGGAAGUUACAAUCAUACUAUUGUUUAUUAAUACGUCAUAAAUUAUAUAAAUAUAAUGAAACUUCCUUAUUUGGUUCCUCAAGAACGUUUUCAAUCGAUCAAUAGUAUCAAAAAACUGUAUUUAACAACAGUUGCAGUUGUAAUAGGUAUUUAUUAUACUUCACAAUAUUUUCAAUAAAAUACGUUGGAAAUUUAUUUGUAUAAAACAUUCUUCAAAUCUCCAGUAGCAUUUUUUGGAAUACCGUUAGAAAAUUUAAACAAAAGAGACGGACAUACUUCGCAUGAUGGGUGGGCCAUUAUUGCAGAAAAGAAGUUAAGAAGGUAGGAUAUAGAGAGAAAUUUAGUGUAUAUCUGUACGUAACGAUUAAUCGUUACUAACAAAAAAACGAUUCUGAGAGAAGUUUAUUUGUGUAUAUUUUGAAAAGCCGUAAUAUUUACGAUUUUAGUAAAAAUUUAACACUAAAAUUAGUAUUAAAAAAAAUUCUAUGUUACACUCAAUUUUUUUCCCAUCAAAUUGAUAAAUUUAUAUAUAUUUAAUAUUUAUAUAUACAGGAUGAUUCACUAAUCGUGCUUACCCCAUUUGUUCAGGUAAAUUUUCCAUGUAUUAAAAAUCUGAUUUUUGGCAUUUUUAAGUUUAAAUAGGGGGGAAGGGGCGGACAGUAGUGUAGUAUCAUUUGUGUAGCAAUACGGCGCGUGGAUUUUUAUUAAUGCUCGCUCCAUUACUCUCCCCUACCUAAACUUAAAAGUGGAAUAUCUCGUUAACAGGUGGACGAAAUCAAAAAUGUCUGCACCAAAAUUUAUUUUAGGCAAUAUACUGUCUAUUUAUGGAAUCUUUAGUAUAUAGGUUCUCAUUCGAAAAACCAAAGUAGCUAUCGCCACAGGAUACUCCUUAAAUGUUGUGAAAACUCUAAGUAUUCGAAAAUAUCGAUUUCAACCAAAAAAAAAAAAAAAUCCAAAAAUCAGAAUUUGAAUGUAUGCAAAUUUAAUCAAAACGUGGGGGUGAGAACACUUAGUGAAUCAUCCUGUAUAUUGUGUGAUGAUGUCUAUAUAGACGACAUGGUAUCCAUUAUUAGGCAAAAACCUGUAAUCUAAAUCUAACUAUGCAUGGGUCAUGGUCCGGGCACAACCACCUCCCUAUGUAUAAUAUAGUUAUGAUUAGAGAUGUAAGAAUACCCUAUUUUAUUUUCAGUGUGUAUAAUACAUGUGUAAUAAUAAUAAUAAAAUAUUAUGCUCACACAGAAUUUUUGGUUCGAGUCAAUCAAAAUUAUGAAUUAUUAUUUUUUCUUCAAUUCCACUGUACAUUUUUAUAUCUAGUUACAUAUUAUAUUUUUGAUGUUUAAAUUAUAUUUCUUACCAUUUACAUUUCGGCAUUUGCAUAUUUUUACAGUACUCUUAUCCAGUUACAAUAUAAAGUCGAAUGUUUAUGUAGGUAACCAACAAAUAACAAGUAAGCUAUAUUAAAUAUUUAUUAAAACACUUUGAAACGUAUAUACUGUAAUUACAGUUUGGCCAUUUACCAAAAUAAUUAAAACCCUAAUCAAGAAGAAUAUAUUCAAGGUAUAGCGAAAAUAAAAAACGAUAAUAUAAUCACCCUGUAUAAUUAUAUUUUGUUUGAUCGUGUACAUUGCAUAUAAUCUGCUCUACGACACCAGCGAAUAACUAAUAUGCAUUAUUACACGCUAUAACAAUGAUAAUAAAUACUAAUAUUAUGACGUUACCAUUAUUCUCGUCCGGAUCGCGUAUAUAUUAAUUUAAUGGUCACGGUUUAUAAUGUUGGUUUUUUUUUUUUGUCCCUUCUCGUUUCUAAUUAAACAACGGGCGGUUCGUUGUUUGAUAAUAAUUUGUUUCUAUUUGACUUUUUAAAAUAAUAUAAUAUUUCAUCAUACCGUCGACGACGCGUUCGUCAGCAAUAUUGUAAUAGAUAGUCAACAAUGAUAUGGCACUAUUUUAUUGUAUACACCAUAUUGUAAUAAAUUUAAUAACACUGCCGUCGAGAAAACGAUGCUGCCGACGGGGUUUCGCGUAAAAAUCUCAUAACAAUAUAGCUAGGUAUGCUUAUGAAAAUCCACGAAUGUCUUAAGGUAAUGAACGUGUAAGAAAACUGAAGGGUCCAAUUACCGUUCCCUAUUUGAAACGGAUAAAAAUGAAAUCCUCUGAUAUUGUAGAUAAUGUAAUGGCAUUCGUUUUUAGUAGGUACCUUAUCGUACAACUCAACAUUAUAUGUUCUGAAGGUGUCAAUCAAUGUUGUCUGGUUCGAAUUUGACAAUCGUGUACCAAAAUUGUUGUGUUAUUUUUUUCGCCCCUCUCCCCCUCGCUUUAUCUAAACCUGUCGUGGUUUUUCAUUGAAUAAGCAGUAGGUUUUAGGUUUACACUUAGAACUGUGUAUUAAUUCUUUGGAGAAAUAUAUCUGAUUUGGACCAACAUUUAAAAAUAGUUAGCAAAUUAUAGCAUGUUUGUGGUUGUUAUCGUUGAAAUUUCCGCUAUUAUAAACUUAUGAUGCACACUGGGUACAUAAAGAUCCAAUCAGGAGUUAUUAAUUUUGAGUAGGGAACGUUAAUACGUAACAUGGUAAGUUCACUUCACAUUUUGAUGUAAUUUUUCGAAGUUCGUGUGUGUAUGUCCGCGAUAAUACUUAAAUUAUAGCGAUGGCAGAUGAAAAAUAAUGGUUUUUUUUUUUCAAUUUUAUCUUCUAUACACACAGUCUCUGCAGACAUUGUGUGUUAUUUGUUUGAAAAGUCUGUCACAUCCGUAUAUUUGUACAAAAACAUGCCUUGAGGGAAAAAAUCCCACGUAGUCUCUUAUAGAAUAGUUAGACUAUGGCGUUUAUUUUUAUUAUUUGAAAGAAGAAAACUUUUUUUUUGGUGUAGUAUUAAACUCCGAUUUUUCAAAAUUUAAAUUCUUUGAAACUGUAUAAAGCGUCUGAAAAAUCCAAUUUUUGUUACUUUUAAAUUCUAAGUAGAGCGAGAAUUAUAUUGUUUUUAUAAUGAUGUUUAUUUCUUUAAAUUUUUAAAUUUAAAAUUUUUUUAUUUGUGAACAACUUUUCUACCAUAAAUUUUGUUCCGAUUUUCAAAUUUAACACUUUUACUGAAAGGAAAUUUGACUGUGAUAGUGGUACUUUAGGGAGGUUAUUUUUUGAUUGUUUCGGGGGUUUUCCUAAUAAAUUUUAAAACCGGGAAAAUUUACGAAAUAUAUCAUUUUCAAAUCAUAAAUAUUAUGGCUUUUCAAAACAUGUAUAAUCGAAUCCGCCUAGAAUCGUUGUUCCGUGACCGAAGAGUAUUUUUCCGAGAUAAAAAAAAUACACAUAGUUGUAAAUACGUAAUAUGAAAGCAUCGAUAGGUUGGUUUAAAAUCGCAUUUUACAUCAUAAAGUUAAUAUGCAAAUUUCAACUAUACAAAUUGAUAAUAAUAUGUAAUAAUAUAUACAAAAAUAUUCAGGGUGAUUACAAUUUUAUGGUGUAGCAAUUAAAUGGUAUAAAUAUGCUAAGUAACGAAAAAUGUACAUAAAUAAUUAUUAAACAUUCGAUCGAGGGGGGGACGAUAAAUUAUGAGAUAUACAGACUUCAAGUAGUAGAUAUCCUUCUCACAUAUACAGGAUCAUUUUAUGGUAUAAUCAAAUUGUCCAUAAAAUAUUUAUUUAAAGAAAAAAAAAUUAAAAACUGGUUGGAAUCAUAUAUUUUAAAAUGUUGCAUUGUUCUUAUUUUUGGGUAUUAUUUGUGCGAUUAAACGACUAUUAAUUUUUAAUUUUCAAAUGAUAACCUAAAUUACACAAUUGUAUAGUACACUAUUGCUUUAUCCUGACUAAAAACUUACAAGUGGAAUUUUUCAUCAACGGAUUGACUGAAAUCAAUAAUUUCAACACAAAAAUGCAUUUAAACUAAUACUCCGUAUACUCGUAUUUAUGGAAUUUUUAAUAUAGGUUGCUAUUUUAAAAUCAAAAGUACGUAGUCGUUUUACCCUCAAAAAUAAAAACAAUGUAACAUUUUAGAAUAUAUGAUUUUAAAACAUUUUUACAUAAAUUGAAAAAAAUAAGUAUUUCAUGGAAAAUUCCAUUGACAUUGUAUAAAUUUCAAUUUUAAAUUACUAAAUAAAUACUCAUAGUUUUGUAUUUUUAAGCUAAUGGACGGAAGGAUAUCACCCCAACCUCUACCCCCUGCCCACACCACUGCAAAAAGUCGUUAAGAAUAUGAAGUCAGAACUUCAAAAAACUCGACUCGAAUGAAAUUGUAUUAAACUCGUGAGACUCCUGAAUAAUGUAUCAACUGUCUACUUGAAAAUAAACUUAUAAUAAAUAAAAUACUCUGUACUUUAAUUUUAUUAUCCGGAUUAUGGAUUUAAUGAGAUGAAAAUCGAAUAUUCUACGUAAAUCCUUCGCAACACGUUCAAAAACUGUAGAGAUAUAAAUAAAUAAGUAUGCUCUUAACAACUUAUACAAAUAAUACAAAUAUUUAUUUAGAAUUUAGUAGUCGAUCUACUUAUCAUAGGAUAUGUGUAUCUGUACACGCUUCAAAAAAAAAAAAAAAAUAUAUAUAUAUAACUCUAUAUAUCAAGGGGUUUUCUGAUAAGAUUCGGAAUGUAAUGUUUUUUGAAAUUCCAAACAAUUGAUAAUAGGAAUAAUUGAUUAUAAAAUAAGUCGAUAGGUACACUGGUUUUACACAAACAAAAUUAACGGUGUCUAAAAUUUUAAAAAACAACUGUGGAUUUAGGUGUCCUUGGACAACGUUCGAAGGUUUACUUUUUUUCGUCCAAAAUUAACCUUUUGGUUUUAUUCCAAGUGACACUUUUCCUCAAACUGAAAUAAAGAGGGUUUUAGUUUUCGUUCAUAGAAAUAUUAUUCAACUAAAAAAAAAUUUUGUUACCACUGUAUUUUAUUAUUAAUUAUUGAAAUAUAUAAAUGAAAAAUAUAUAAAAAAAUAACAAUAAAAUAUUUUAUUUUAUCGAAGUUUGGAAGAAGGAUUUAAUUAACUCAUAUCAAACUUCUUAGUUCGUGUUCAAUUUUUGCGUAUCUAUAAUUACAAUGAAUACUGAAAUAACGGCUUAUAAUUUAAUCUCAAAUCUAGAGUUUCCUGUUUAAGUCGAAUGAAUUUUAUAUAAUUUAAUGAAUAAUAUGAUCGUAUCCAAUAUUAUUAGUAGAUAGAAAUACCCAAAAUAUAUUUUUCGUUUAUGAUGAACCAUAUUUCUAUGGUUUCUAUCAUAACCCUCUUUUAUGAGUUCGGAAAAAAAAGUUCAUUUGGGCGAAAACCAAAAGGUUAAUUUUAGGUUAAAACAAAUCCGUCCCAUCUCGAAAAGGGAUUAUUGUAUUUAAAUUUUCAUACGAGUGCUCAUACUUGAAUUUCGAACUGUUUACAUUAUUUGUUAUUUUUGAUUUUUGAGUUCCUUUUAUAACACGGGGAGGGGGAGGUAACUAGAAUUAGUUACGGUGAAAAUAAGCUAUAUAUAUAUAUUAGCUAUAUAUUCUUUUUUCAAAAUUAAAAAAAAAAAAAUAAAAAACCAGCGUGAUUCGAACGAAUUCGCCGGCAGUUAAAAAACCAAAUCGAAUAAUCUUAUCAUAUUUUUGUUAUUAUUAUUUUUUAUUUUUGACAGGUGACAGUAGGUUAUUAUUAUACACGUUUUUUAAAUUCACCACAAUCACGUAGUCCAUCAUAAGUCUCCCUUAUCACAUCAAUCAUUCUUACACAGCGAUGAAUUAUUAUAUCGAAGUCACUAUUAGGUUACAGUGUGCGUAUAUAUUAGCAUAUAGACUUAUUGACAACUCGUUUUCCUAUUUUGGAAACGUGUAAACAUAUUGUUUUAUUGUUGCAAAAUAAAUAAAAUAUAAAAGUACCACAUAAUAAAUAUUAAGUUUGGUGCAUAUUACAGAUAAGUACAAAGCCUUCACGGAGAGCAUAUCUCCGGGGGGUCGGGGGUGUAAUUCAUUUGUUUGCCGACCCGAAAAAUUGUUUGUAUACAACCGCGGGAAACGUUAAAGAUAUAGAAAGUGUAUAGGCAACUUAAUGCAAUAAUAAUAUGAUGAAGCUCGGGGCACUCGAUUAUAAUGUAUGUAGGAUACCUAUGCCUACACUGUUUUAACGGCUUGAGAAUAAUAAAAUCAGGUCACUCGAAUCACCGGAAGGGUGUGUAAUUCGUUUAUUUGACGCCCAGACAAAAAAAAAAAAAAGUAAAGAUUAGUUUUUAAUUUUUAAUUUUUUUAUAUUAAACAGAUAAGGUUGCCAAGAAAGGAGGUCGUGUGAGUGCCAUAAUUGUGGUAUACCAUAAAAUGAAGAGUCAGUCGAUGAAUUUUUUAUAUUAAUAUGUAUAUUAUAUACAGAGCUUAUUAUAACAGUUUCCGAAAUUCUCGUAGGAGCCAAACAAUUUUCAAAAACCAGUUACCAGUUUUCUUGUUCUAAGAAGUGGCGCUUAACAGUUACCGAUUACCUUACACCAAUAUAAUAAAAUAAUUACCAAUAACUGGUUUCCCAGUUGUUUAAACCUGUGUACCAUAGUGGAGAGCCAAGGUGGGUGAUUCCAGUAGGCAUGUGGUAUUCUUUCUAUAGGGGGGGGAAUUUUCUUUAUAGUCGACCUAUGCCCACCUAAGUGGGUUCUCCAGGUGGGAAGGAAUCAGAAAAUUUCUACGAUACCUCUAUUUAUCGUAAGAGGCGUGUGGUGAGACUGACUAUGUUAUAUGGUUUGGAGUGUAGGGUGGUAGACAGCAAAAAUAUAACAGAGAAUGAGUAUAGCAGAGAUCAAAAUACUUUGGUGGAUAAGCGGAUUGAAGAAGGAAGAUAGAAUAAGGAGUGAGUACAUAAGAAGUAGCUUAGGCGUGGCUUUGGUAGUAGACACAGUUAGAGAAAAUAGACUGAGAUACUUAGGACAUGUCACGGAACGAGAGGAGUCUAAAGCAGUAAGAAUUAUUAUGAAAAUAUAUGUAAGAAGAUAAAGGGGAUAAAGACCGAAGAAGAGGUGGUGAUUGUAUGCGAUUGAGAAUGAUAUAAGGACAGCUGGUGUAUACGAGGAGGGGGGUCGGGUUAAGUGGAUAUUUAGAUUGACCCAAUAAUUGUGAUGGAGGAGAAGGAAAAUAAGUAGAUUCUACGAAAUAAACUGAAAUAAAAAUUAAUCGACAAAUUAAAAGUUAAAAUUAAAAAUAAAUAUCUAAAACAUCUAAUUUCGAAAACGAUCUAAAGUCUGAUUUAAAAGGUAAUUGAUACAAAUAAAAAUUGUUCUACAUUGUACUGGUUACCGUGUAUUAAUAAAUAAAUAGUUUUCAAGAAUGUUUUUAAUUGGUUUUUGCCAUAUGACUGACAUGACUUUGGUGUAGACUUAAUAUAUUUUUGUUAAUUGUUUACCAAUAUCCGCUUUCUAAACUGCGGGUAAAUAUCGUUAAUGACUUUCGGGAAAAAUCGGGUAAUGGUUUGUCUUAAUUAUAUAUUAUACUUUGCCCGAACAUGAUGGUGUUCAAAACUUCGUCGUGGACUUGACUAAAUGAAUAAUUAAUGAUAGGCAUUUCCGAAUAGUUUUUUGUUAUCGAUAUAGUUUUCAAUAGUUUAGGUUAGUGUUUACCAACCUAUGUGUUGCGAUCCAAUAUUGGGUCGUGAAAUAUUUUUGAUGAUCCGCAGUGAAAGAAAAAAAAAUUUGAUUUUAAUAUAAAAAAAAAAAUAAAAACUAUAUUAGUAAGAAUAAUAAGAAAAUAAGCAAAUGUGAAAUACCGAAAAAAACUGAGGAAAAACUGGCAAAUGUACGAAGUGUAGGUAUUAGUUAAAAAAUAUUACGACUUUCAUUUUUUCCUGUGAACAAAUUUUCUGCCAGAAAUUUUGCUCCGAUUCGCAAGCACUCCGAAAGCACUUUUCUGGAACGAAAUCCGAUUGGGAAGGUACUUUAAGGAGGUAAUUUUUCGAUUUUUUUAAGAGUUUUCCAAGCAAAAGUGAUAAACCGGGAAAAACAUGGGUAAAUCCGUACAAUAUUAAACAAAUAUUAUUAAAGGAAAUAUAUAGAAUCUUAUGCAAUUAUUUUACCAUAAUAUGACAUAUAUAUUGUUGAAAAAGCAUAAUUAUCAACUGACUCCGCUUAGAACCGUUUUUUCGUUAGCAAUGGUUAGCAUCGUUGCUUACAGAUAUACAUUGAAUUCUGUAUUCUACCUUUCCAACAGACGCGCGAUAGUGUUAUCAUUAUCUACAGGGCGCAAGUAACGAUGUGUCUGAAUGUGACGUCGAGAGACAGUAAUUAAUAAAAUAAAAUGACGGACUUUAACCGCUUGUCCGCUUAUAGUGAGUUAAUAAUAAAAAAAGAAAACGUUUGAAAAAAUUUCGCCGUCCCGAUAUUGUACUCGCGGAUGUUCAAAUUUGGCCGUUCCUCCGACGCCCGCUGUUUUUACUGGAAAAUUACACGUACCUAUGCGUGACGGUUUCCACGGCUUUUUCGUAAAUUAUUUUAAAUCAAUUUUUAACAGUUUUUUUUUUUUUUACUUUGCAAAUAUGGAAUCUUAUAAUAUUACUGCGUACGUUUCAGAUAUUUUUCGUUAUUCAGACUGUUUUUUUUUUUUAAUAACUGUAUUAUUACUGUCGAUCACUAGCAGCGCGAUUAUUGUAUUAUAGUCAAGGCUAUAACGAUUAAAAUUAAAAUUAAAAACAAAAUCAAAGUAUACAUAUCGCAGGUAGCAAAAAUAUAUUUUGUUAAGAUGUAUAAAACUGUAUUAUUUUUAUAAUGAAAUGAUUCAUAAAAUGUUUUAUUUUUCCAUAUUUUUCAUUUAAAUAAUAUUUAUAAAAUAACGGUUGGCCGCGGGAUUUUCGUUUAUUAAAUAUUUUAAAAAUUAUAUUUUUCUAAUUUUUUUUUUUUAUAAAAAAAAAAUGCUAAAAAAUAGAUAAAUUCGGGUAUUGUACUCCGGAAUCCUGCCUAAUAUAGCCUAACGCCCUAUCCACUAGAGUACUUACCUAAUUAUUAAAAAGUUGAUUUUAUGAGUAUAUAAGUAAAUUUCAAAAUAUUAUAAUAUAGGUGUCUAUCUAUACAGUGACAUCUUUAAAUUGCGAACUUUUUGGGAACAGGAACUUUAACCUCCUCUGAAUAGUGUGUACACCAGUGCCAAAAGAGAAGGUGGAGGGGGUAUUGGAGGGCGUUACCCCCUUUUUUUGUUUAUUGGUUAUUUCAGUGUAUAUUAUCAUUCAAAAAAAUACGGUAACUCAUAUAAAAAUGAUAAGUGCCCUUCCCUUAAAAAAAAAAAAAAUUGGCUAUGGUACUAUAUAAUAUAAUGUAAGUACCAAAUACAGUAAUAAUACAAAUUUAAUUUAACUGCCAACUACAUUACAAAUUUUCUGUUUUUGGUUUUAUGUCAUUUUAUGUAUGGAGAUUUUAAGUAAAUCUCGGUCGACCCGCUGUGGUCUUAACGUACAAUUAAUCGUAAUAAUAUUUGUUUACAUUAAUACAUUUUUCAACAAUUAAUUUAUAAUAAUAUAAAUAAUAUAUUCACAUUAUUAUUUUACAAAAUAUUUAUUUUAUAAUAUAAUUUUUUUUUUGACGAAAAAUGAAUGUUAAUAUAAUAUUAUCAUUACAGAUGUGCUGUCUCUGGUAUAGGUACUGUAAUAAUCAAAAGCAAUUUUUAAAAAACGUUCACGCUAUAACAGCACACGAGUAUAAAUUGUUACUAAAAAAAUACACAUCGGAUUGACCAAUCCGGUCUUGUGACGGCGUUUAAUUAGUAUGUACGCGCAUAUUAUAUUACAAUUCACUUUAUUCGUCGCACGUAACAUUUCUGUAUGCCCAAUAUAUUAUAUUGACGGUAUAAUUCGACUAGGAAAAUCAAUUCGCCAGAGUCACCUGCUUCAAGGCUGAUACACACCCGUAUCGACAAUAACGAAUAAACAUAAUACAAUUAUUAUUUAGACGACCGACUUGAGAGGACGCUGUAUUAUUAUGUGUUAGCUGUGUCCGUCAUCCGACCACGCGACCACCGAGCGCAUUUUCGUUCAACAGGGACGACGCUUCGCUGUCCGUUUCAAUAUUAGAGUGAAAUGGUCUAUUAUCGAACGUAGAGAUAAGAACCGUUAUGCGUGCAAUGCUAUAUUACAGUCUAUAUUAGUUAUUUGUUUAUUCACGAACAAAUUGUCCGGUUUCAAGUGCAUGUAAUAUAAUGGCGACAAUUGCGAAUAAGUAACAAUUUCACAUUAGCGAGCUUAACAAUAGUUAACAGUACACACGAAUAACUAGACUAAUGUAUACAAUAGCCAUAUCUAAUGUAUAAAAUAUACAGACAUAAACUGCGGACAAUGAAGUACAAGUUUAUACAAAUGACAGGAUUAUAAUUUACUUAAAUAGACUAUGGCCAUGUGACAUUAAAAUAUUAAUUGGAUCGUUUAACAUAUAGUUUUGGGAGUCCGAAUGAAUGUAAAAUAAAUUAUUAUUACGUGUGUUACGACUGGGCGCUUUUAAAUUAAUCAGAAUUAAUGUAAACGAAUCAUUUAUUUCAUCGUUUAGUAGUUUAGAGAGAAUGGAGUUAUAAUUAGCAAUUCUACGUGUUUUUUAAAAAAAAAAACCACUAUUAAAAUGUUGGCGGUAUUUUCUCUAUUAAGAGAAAUAUGAAUCGUAAUUCAACAACAUGUAUUAAUAACUCGUUCGGAGAUUAAAAUGUCGGAUAAAUAACGCCAACUUUACACAGACGAUUUCUAAAUCUUUACAUUUGAUAACAAUAGGUUAUUUCACUCUAGUUUAAAACUAAAACCACAACGAUUGCUGCACACUGCUAAACACAAAUUUAUUCGAAUUUGCAGUAAUACAAGAGGUGAUCACCCCUUGAGUGUAACACACUUAUUACCACGGAGAGUACCAUAUUACCGUGUUUUUUUUUAUAAAUGCGGUAAAAAAAUUAAUCCCGAACAAGACCUAAUAUACUUGCGAGUUAAUGAGUGUCUUACGUUAUGUUGAUCACUCUGUACAUAAUACAAUAUAUAAAGCGAACCGAUUUUACGGCCCGCGUCGAUAUAUACUAUAUAGGUACGUAUCCAUUAUCCACGGACACGGUACAUACAAUAUUAUUGUGUGUGCACGACACUGUGUCAACCGUUCGAGCCUGUACACCCCAUUCUCCCCCGGCCGUGUGUGGGUAUCCUACGCGGUUAGAGAUGGUAUAAUAAUAACGGUUAAUGAUAAUAAUAGUAAUAAUAUUAUUAUUACGACGUGUUAGUACGAGGAGAACGGCGGAAACCCGACCGCAGUUUGCCUACGUCUAUAAUAUUAUAGUAGCACGUAUGACUCAGAAUUUUCGUCGAUAUAAUGUUAUAAUGAUCGUUGGUCCGUGCGAUAAAAGAACUGCUCUGUAUAUAUGCAUAAACCGUAGUAUUUGACGUUUUUACCUCGGUACGGCAAUUUUUCAACAAUUACAGUAAAAAAAAAAAAAAAUCGAAUAAUAUUUCCGUUUACGUAAACUAUACUGUCGAAAACGAAAAUUAGGAAGCCCGAAGAGAAUAGGUAUAUAUAAUAGGAAUAUAUCAUCCAUGUUGAUCGAGCGAUAAGCAGGAGUCGCAGAAAUUGGACUUUUGAUUUUAGACCGAGUGUAAUAUAGCGAAGAAGCUUUCACAGUUUUACUAAGAUAUGAUGUUUUUCUCCCGGAAAACACUUUUUCGGCCAGUAAAAUGUUCCAUUUUUUUCACGCAGUACUCAUCUAAAAGGACGCGGAAUUUCCACCCGGCGGCAAUACUUUAUUAAAAUAAACCAUAUAACAGAUGCAAGAUUGGUUUUACUAUUAAUGAUUUCCGGCUCCCUGGAUAUCUCGAUGACUACACCGGUAAAACACGACUAACAUAUAUUAUUAUAACUUGAGAUGCCUGCGUGCUAACCGACUCCGCUUAAAAUAAUUUUUCGAUUGCUAUGAUUUGUCGUUCGUUGUUUUCUGCAGCAUACAUUAUAUUAUCAUAUUACCCGCUGUCCUAUAUAAAUAACUUCCAAACCUCCCAUCUACGAAAUUAUAACUUAAAACCAGUGGCGGUGCCAGCAAUUUUUCUGCCAUCCUGGCACACUCUGCCGGCGCCACCGGGUCUACUCAUCAUGGUGUGUAUGGACGCGUAUAGUAUAUCCGGAUUUUAAAUUCUAUAUCUAAUUAUUGUUCGAAAAAACAUUAUUAUUAUUGUUAUUGUUAUCGAAAGACAUCAUCGGAUUGAAAUUCGGACGGGGUGGAAUACAAAUACACCGAGUGUCGUUUAACAGCUCCCUUCGUUCUUCUAGCCGUCUUAUAAUAACAUUACUCGCGAUUGUUCGAGACGAUGUUUACCAAACCGGCGACAGUGUCUUAUUUCGAACAAAGUAGUUGGCACCGGUGUACGGUCGUCCUUAGCAUUGCGUUUUGGACCGCCUCCAUUUUUUGCUUUGUUUUUUCGUUUUUGUUUCUUCUGACAGUUUAAGAGUUCUGUCGUAUUUACUGCCUCCGUAUGUUGUAUAUUAUGCAGCCACUGCGGUAUACAUUUGUGUAAACGUUUCCCCGUAGUCUCAAUUAUACCUUUGCGGUAUAAUAAAGUAUACAAACCCUUGGCUCACUCUACAUUCUUAGGUUGUGUAAAUAUUUAUAUAUAUAUAUAUAUAUAUAUAUAGGUUAGGAACCUAUACCUACUAUCGAUUUUAGUUUCAGAAUACGCAAUUUUUCUAAGGAAUUUCGUAUUUGUAUUUUUAAUAUUUUUCUUGGUUUUAUGUACGCUGUGAAUUUAUUAUAUAUACCUGCAUACACAUAGUCGAAAAGCAUUUUAGGCGCACCUAUAGAUACCCAGCUCGCUGCGCUCACUUGAACUGUAUUAUAACGAAAAAAACCGCUCGAUUUGUUGUGCGAAACCACGUCGGGUCGAUUAUAUUAAUAUUACUUUUAAAUUGUUGUAAGUAUUUUGGAUUUUGAGUAGAGCGAGGAAUGUAUUGAUUUUACAAUGAUUUUUUUUUUUUAUCUGUGAACAUUUUUUUUUUUUACCAGAAAUCGUGUUCUGAUUUACAAGUGUAGUACUUUUUCUGUAAAAAAAUAUGACUGGGGUGGUACUUUAGGAUGCGAUUUUUUCAGGAGUUAUCCCACUAAAUGCGAAAAACCAGCAAAAAAUAUGAGAAAACCGGGAAAUACGUUUUAUUAUUAAAGAAAAUAUGUAAUUAUUUUACCAUAAUAUGACAUAUAUAUUGUUGAAAAAACAAUACCUAUUAUCAACUGAACUCCGCUCAGAAUCGUUUUUUUGUUAGAAAUGGCUAAUCGUUGCUUACUGCAGAUGUGCAUUCAAUUUUCCCUCUAUUCCUUCCCAACUUCUCACCUAUAACAUGCAGUCGCUGCACCCGUCCCCAUUAUCCAAGCAUACCUUUUUUUGAACAUUUUGUAUAUAAUUUUUUGUAUAAUAUUUAUAGUUUACACGUAUAAACUAUUUUUCAAUUGGCAAGGUGAAGAAUUGUAAAAAAAAAAAUAUAAUCUGGUUUCUUUGGGGGCGAAGCGACAUCGAGAUUUUUUGUGGUGUUUUACAAUUUGUAAACCGCUUUCCCCCCUUGAUUGAGCUCCAGAUAUGCCACUGGGUCGAAUCAACAAAAUUUUAUACACGCGAAUUUAAAUAUAUACUAUUAUAUAGUAAUGUAAAAUAAUUUAACUCAAUAGUGUUCUAAAUUUAGUUUUAAACAUUUUACUUGUUUAUAAAACUAUUGCUUUACUUUAUUCUAAUUUUCUUUUGAAUGAAUCAUGUUAAAUGUAUAUUUUAAUAUACUGACUAGUAAAUUAUGAACUAAACCUCCGUCACAAGUUGUUACUUAUAGAAAGUUUGUAAUUAAAAAAAUAUCGUUGUUCUAAUUCUAUUGUAAUACGUAAAAUGUAAUUUAUUUGCAAUCAUAAAUUCAAAUACAAUAGAAUAUCGAAUUAUCCUAAAAAAACAAUCACUUUAUAUUUGUUCCGCGGCAGAAAUUAAGACCCUUUUCGACUAAAACCGUACCUUUCCCUUUUCGGCCAAAUUUAAAAAAGGUCAAUUCCCUUUUCGAAUGUGUCAUACAUAUUGAAAAGUAUAAAAUAUUCAAAACGAAAGUUUAAUUUACACAUAUUUAAAAAAGAUUUCUUUAUGUAUUUCUAUAUUAGCAUGUCAUAUACCUACUUGUAGUUUAAAAUAUUUAUAUGUAUAUUGUUUAUACAUAUAUAUAUAUAUGUAUUAUAAUAAAAGAUAAUUAUAUUUUAUUACAUCUACUGUUAUAAUAAUUGAAAAAAAAAAAUUAUAAUAAUAAAUAUAUUUUGUUUGAAUUUGUCAGUAAGAUUGGUUCAUUACAUUUUCAAAUUAUACCUGAAAAUGCAAUUACUAUAUUAAGUGAAGUGAAUCGGCCGAAAAGUGAAGGGUACGAUUUUGGACGAAAACGGUUAUGCCCGAAAUUAAAACUAACAUUUAUGAGAUCAAUUUAACGAGAUUUUUUUUUAGAUUCUGAACGUUGUUAGGAAUAUGUUUUUUUUUCUCUAAUAUUAUACGUGUAAAUGUGUGUUUUUUUUGUCUGUUUAUUUAUUUUUACAUAAACGUUAAUCGGCUUUUACAUGUGUAAAUAAUUGAUAACGUCAAUACAAUUAUAACAAUGCCGUAAUACAUAAUGUUAUACGCUAUAACAAUUUAAAAAUUCGAAUUAGUUUUUUUUUAAAUGUAAAUUCUUAAAUAGUAUAAAUAAAUAAAUAAAUAAAUGUAUACAUAGUCAGAAACUAUGUAAACACAGUAAAAACUAAAAAUAAUGCAAAACAUAUAAUUUUUACUGAACAGGCAUAUAUGUAAGAUAAUAUUUUAAAGCGUGCAGUUUGUUUUUAAACACAUCAUCAUAACAUUUUUAUAAACUUGGAAGUUUUAUUUCCACGAUUGAUCUUCUGAAAGUUUGGUUGGGUUCAGUAAGUUUUUGGGAAUUUUCCUUAAUUUUUGGUAAACAAUAAAUGUAAUCCUCCAUUAGAAAUUUCGUCCACAUAAACUGAACAUAAUAGAAUUUUCGAGCUUUCCAAAUUGGCCGAAACAAUUUUAUUGACUCUCAAUAAAUAAAAAAUAAAAAAAAAAUCUUCAACGAUUUCAAAUAACUUUACCGAUGUAACUAUUAAUGCAAAUCGAAAUAAUAAUUUUAGGUCUUUUACGAGUUUUUCGUACUGCAGAGAGUUACGUAUACAUAAGUGAGUUCACGAUACGGGUCACUUUUGUUCAUUACCGUUAACGCGUUCUGAAGUACUUAUAUUAAAAAAAAAAAAAAAAAAAAAAAAAAAAAAAUAACGACGAGCUUUAUAGUUAUUUAUUAUGAAUUUUUUUUCUUAUCAAAUCAUUAACGCAUUCGCUAUUUAUGUUCAUCAUAUGCUGCGAUUUUUCGUCUAUAUAUAAAACUAUGUAAUUAAUUUUUCAAAACGUUUUUUAUGUUUUUUAUUACGUCAAAUAUCUUAUAUUCACAGUCUAUUAAUACAAUUAAAAAAAAAAUAAUAAUAAGAGGACAACACGUGUAAAAACCGUAUUUUUUCGCGUGUGAAAUUCAAUAAGAUAUUUCUUUUUUGUCUGACACAAAAAAAUAUGCGGGUUCCAUCUUUUUAAUUUUGUUAAUAAUUUUAAUUUCGAGAGACGGACUGCAAUGGCAAUAGAGCUCCAAGUUUCAACAAUGAAAUAUUAUUAUAAUUUUAUUUCCAAGACGAUUUAUCGUUUUUCGUGAAAAUAUUAUUUUAUUGUCAUAUUAUUACGCGGGGUUGUUUUGGAUUUAUUCACGGAAAAACGUCCAUUCUCCUCGCGAGUAGGCUACUGUUGUAGGUGGGCGGUUUGGAAGCUAAGAUAGUUUACAGGAUAAUUUAGUUAUACCUUGCGCAACAAUAAAUCAUUAGUUCAAUCAAAAAAUAAAAAAAUUCCAAGAGAUCUUUUUUGUUUAAGUGCUUUGAGUUGUACUAAACGGUAAAAAAAAAUAAGUUGAAUGUUUUUUAGUAGUUUUUUUUAUAAAAGUUUUUUUACAUUUUGACGAAAAUCGUAUAAAAAAACAACGCAAAAAUAUCUGCAAAAUUGUAGCCAUAUAAUAUAGUGCACGCAGUACGACCACGUUAUUUACCAAGUAAAAUAGCAAGUAAAUGUCAAGUAAAAAAUAUGGUAAAGAGUGUGACAUACACGUAUUUUAAAUUACAAGGAAAUGUUAGAAAUUUACAAAUUAUGUAAUCACAUAAUAUGCAUAAUUCGUAGAAAAAACUUCAAAUUUCAGGGGUUCAUAACCCCCUCCCUCUGGUUGUGCCACUAUGUGCAGCAAUAAUAUUGAUACUGCGAUACAUUGAAAAUUAAUCUGAAAUUAAAUGUAGGUAGGUACAUACGUUAUAACUAUAAUAGGUAGGUACCUAAAUCAGUUGUAAUCAUAUUUAUUUUUUUUAUCUGCGUACGUUUUUAUUUAUUUUUUUUUUCACUCAAUAUAGUCAAUACUAGAACAAUCGAAAAAAAAAAAAACCAUCCGGAUUUAAAAUAAUACGUUCGUAAUUUUUUUUUUUUUUAAUUGUCAAAUAAUACAAUUGUUAUAAUGUUAUAAUCGUUCGUAAACUGCCGUAAUAAUAUAGCGUUAGACUAUAGAAAUGAGAAGUAGGGAGAGGUAUAAGAGAUUCGGCCAGAACCGAAACCUCGUUUUUUUUUUUUUUUCUAUAUAUAUUGUGCGUAGGAAGUCGUACACCGCAGGUGAGCCGAUUUUGUAGGUUACCCGGUGACGGUGGUUGCGGUCGAAUCCGAAAGUAGUUGCUAUCGAAUUCACGAUGUUCGGUUAUGUCGCGUUUCCUAAAUUCAAUAAUAUUAUGACGUGUACUUACGGAUAAAUGAAAAUAGGUUUCCUACGAUUGCGGGUACGACAAGAAUGUCGGGAAUAAUAAUUAUUAUCGGUUCAUUAUGCAUCUAAUAAUAAAUUACAACACAGAGACUGCUAAGGUUUUUGCUUGCAGUUUAUGUGAUAUCACAGAUACUGAUAUACAGGAUGUCCCACUAAGGAUAUACACAUUGUAUAUAAUUAUUGAUAAUAAAGAUAAUAAAAUUCUAUUUUUUUUUUUUUUAUAUUACUCACAGGGAUAAGGACUACAAAUAUUUAAAUUUCAAUCAAUUUGUAUACGUUGAUUAAAAAAAACUAAAAAAUAACACAGAUACAGACGAAUUAUUAAAAGUGACCUAUCGUUACAAAAGAUAGUCGUCAAAAGUCUCAGCGACAUUAUAGUGGCUGAGGAAACGCAGAUUCAAAAAAAGGCCGAGGACCAUUUUAUAUCGUGGUCUAUACUAUAAAAGAUUAAAAAAAAAAAAAAAACACUAUAUAAAAACUACGCACAGACGAAUUUAUAUCUAGACGGGUCUGAACGCUGAGUGAUAAUUGAUAACUACAUAGGGUUUCAAAUAAUACUGUUUGCGCGCGCCCCGGCGUCCCCAAACGUACGCCGCUAGGCGAUUUAAAAACUAUUUAUUUUCUUCAUACACGUAUGUACGAGCGGGCGGCGUAGGUAGUACAGGUGUCCUUAGGUUUCCCGAACGCAUUUAUUUUACACACUCUGUGCGCGCCGUUCGUGUUCGUUGUUAUUGUUUUCUUUUUGUCCGCUGCGGGCCCCCAGAACCGGCCGCGGCGAGUCCGACGGCUCUCUCCGUCACCUGACAACAGCCGCACGCGCUGUGGCGGACGAAAAUUUAACGUUUAUUUUUAGACGCGCGACGCCGCACGCAAGCGCACGCGCGGACGGGGUACGAUGCGAUGCGCGCCCGCGGAAGACGUUCCGUUAUUAAGGAUUAUGUUUUAUCGCAGUUUAUUUCUUUUCCGUUCUACUCGACCGGCCGCGGCGGCGCCGUGCGACACGUGUGACUGCGAAAACUCGCUCCAGUCUUGUCUGAUGACGUCUCGUCACGUACGCAAGAGACGCGACGUGAAAACCGACAAUGAAUUGUAUGUUAAUUUCUCCGGCCCUCUCUCUUCCUCGGUCUUUACACACACACACACACACACACACACACACACACACAUAUAUACGUGUGAUUUCGGUGUAACAAUAUAAACGCGUUGUCGGCGGUGGUGGAUUUAGGGCACUGCGACCUAAGCGGCCGCACCGGGCGGCGGAUUUCGGAGGGCGGCGAAAUUGCGUUGGAUAUUGAUUUUGUUUUUGCGCAUUACAGUUACAAUCGUUUUCUUAACCGUGCGAUUUCAAAACGUCGAUCGGCGUAUUUUAGAUUUUGUAUUCGUUUAGCGUUAGCAAUAUCGGUAUCCAUUUUUCCAAAGCUUAUUUUGUUGAUUUCCGUUAAUAAUUGAAUAUUUUUUAAUGUGUGCGAAUUGCUUAAUGGUUACCGUCCCGGGCAUUAUGUCGAGGAAACUUUUGUCGCUUUGGUCGAUAAAAAGAUAUGUUUUCAGAAGAAGGCAGUUCAGAAUAUUGAUAGGGGCGGCAAAUUUAAUUUAGCAUAAGGGCGCCACAAAUUGUUAAAUUUCGCAACAAGCGGGGCGGCCCUGCGCGUCGACCGCGUGGUCUCGGGGAUUUAUCGAUUGCGCCAGUUUAAUAUCGAUUCCGCCGGCUACCGAUUCCAAUUAUUCAACAAUAUUAAUAUAAGUAUAAUAAACAGGUUAGAAACCUUGAACACUGUAUUUUGUUGAAUGAAUUAGAGAAAAACUGCAGAUUUACUGAUUAUUGGUCCACUCGGGAAGGGUUUUUGAAACAUCCACCUCUAAAUUAGGUAAAAUAGUGGCGAAAGUCAAAAUGUUUGGGAACAGGAGGUGCUAAAUUGGACCGAAAUGUGCAAUGUAUAUACGUAUGCUAAACCGACGUAUACAAAUGGGCUAAAUCGCGGGACACACAAAUAAUAUUAUAAUUAAUAUACAAUAUGAUAUAUUUAUUCCAUCGGAAAUGGAUGUUCCAUUAUCGCGCCGGUUCCGUAUUGUUAUUAUGUCUGCGCGAUGAAUAAAAGCAUAAUCGAAAAACCGGAAAUCAGAAAUAAAAGUACAAGUCUACACUUUCCAGUAUGGUUUCGUGUUUAAAAUAAUAUAGCGGGUACAUUUAGUAACGCGGUUAUAAUCUUUCACGCGUUUUAUGUUACACCGUAUAAAAUUAAUUUUGAAAUAGUUGUUAGUAAACGACUUAUACCUCCUAUUAUAAAUAAUAAUAAUACAAAUUUGAAUUCUAGUCAACAUUCAAAAACCUUUGGCGAAGUCGAUAGCCGGCGCUAAAUCGAUACAUUUUGUACAGAUAAAAAGGUUAUUUCGGCGGAAUUGAUGUACGCCCGUGGGUCAAGUCUCGUCUCGCGACGAAAAAACCGACUCCGUUAUCGCGGUGUACGUUACGGAAACCCGAAUAAAUAUAAUAUAUUGUAAUAUCCAAUAAAAAAUCGACGGUUAUCAUUUGGGCAUCGUUUGAUUACCUGCCCCGAAAACUUGUAUACAUCAUUUGCACAUCAACGGCAGUGUAUCAUUUACGCACCGUCCGUUCGCCUCGUGCCAACAUAUCAUACAUCAUUUGCGAAUCAAUAUAUCGAACAAUAGGGGAAAAAAAAAAAAAAAUAAAAGUUCAUUGUAGCACAACAGUUUUUUUUCGGACCCAUAAAUUUAAUUUUAAUAUUUUUCAGUGUUUUAUUUUUCGUUUAAAAAUAUUUUUGAAAAAUGACAGCAGUUUUUUCACGAUAUGAAUAGUCAAAUUAUACGAUUGUGCAAUAUAUACAAUUAUACCUAUAAUUAUUGAUAUAUUGGCAAAUUUUAAGUGACCUCGCCGGUUUAUAGUUAAACGCCGAAUGCUAUAAUAGUCAUAUCAACUAGAUACAUAUCUAGUUAUAUUAUUUGAUAAUAUAUGGUUGGAUUGGAUGGUUGUCAAGGGCGACGGGUACACGAGAGCUGUGGGGCUACAGUCCCCCACGAUCAAGACGGAGCUCAGUCCCCUACGGUUCUAAUAUUAUGAAAAAAAAAAAAAUCAAUAUUCGUCAUGUAAAAAUAAUAAUUUUAUUUAUAAAAUCAAACUAGUUGAGAAAGACAAACAUUGUUUUUUGAUAUUGAUAGCAGAGAAAAAGUGUAGGUUUUGGUAAUCAACCAAUUUCCUGGUUAACUGGUGACAUUUUUUAAUUUUUGUCUUGUGAUUUAUCAUGAUGCUUAUACUAUUUAAAAUGUUAUAACAUACAAAAUAACAAAUAACUAUAUUUUAGUAAUUGUUUAACGAACAACUUUUACUUCUUUAUUUUUUUUUUUUUUUACUUUUUUAUGCUAAUUAUUAUUGCUCUUAAGACAUUGAUGAGGGAUUAGCUGUACGGGCAUCAUUUAAAAAUAAUGCCCCCCUUUCUCACCAUUGAUCAUAUUAUAAAAUAUUUUUAGGGUAUUGUUUUGUUUUAGAUUCCAAGUGUAGUAAAGAAACUUUAUAUUAGUUUUAGUAUGAUACAAAAUGUUUCAAUGUAUUCAUAUGUCAUAUCUGAAAAUCUCAACUGACGCGAAAAAAUGUCUAAUUUCUAAUAUUUAUUCUAUACAAUUUAAUAAGCUAAUUAACAAUACAUUAGUUUUAUUUUUGUUCAUUUGUACCUUGGUUACGGGUUACACUACUUUACUCAGAAUCGUUUAGUUGGUUUUUUUUUUGUUACCCACUCACAACAGUAGUUUCCUAAUCAUCAGCAGUAUCUACUUUUUAUAUAUUGCUAUAAAUCGUAGGUUUGCGAUUUAUUUUCAUAUUAAUUAAUUAAUUUUUACACCCUUCUCCUUAGAGAAAUCCUGGCUACGUCACUGUAAUGGGAUAUUUUUUAGAAAAUAUCCAUGGCAUGCCAACAUAGCCCUACUUUAAAAAUGUUCCACAAGCAAAUAGAUCAAAACUUCUAUUUAACUAUCAAACUUUCCCUAACCACCCCAUCCACUGCCGCAGUGCGCUAGUGAGAAUACGCCCUUGGUAAACAGAAUCGACAAAUUCAAUCUAUUACCAUUUAUUCUCUACAUUUGAUAUACUGUAUACACAAUUUUACUCUAAUGGGUGUAACAGACUUGAUUAUCCAUUUGGACACAGAAAAUCCCCUUUAAAAAUUGCCCGUUACUCUAUCAAGGUACCCAAAUAAUUUUGGCUACGUUUACAUUCGAAACGGAUAAAUUAAACGGAAUAAAUUUGUUUUUUUAACAACGAAUCUCACGUCAUGAUACAUGUCCGUAUAAUCGGACUAUUUGAUUAAGUCAGAUCAAAUUGGAUCUUACAGCCUUAUACUUUAGCCUUAUAUACCGCGAAGGUAUAGAAUAAUACGGAAUUUUAAGAAUCGAUAACCUUAUUGAAAUUCAACCAUAUACUGUUAAUUUCGACGAGAAUAACACUAUAAUACGAUUAUAGCUAUAACAGCUAGAGAGCUUUUAUACGAGGAGAGUUCAUAUCAGGCUUUCGUGGACCGUCACGUACGGUCCGCAUUGAGGUUAGGUUAAAAUAAAAUAAAUUGCAUAGCUCGUCGUCGCGUCGUAUAAGCCAUCAUAAAUUCAAAUAUCAAAAAAAAAAGAAUCGAACAAUUAUUGUGACCCCCUCUUAAUUGAGUCCUGUAUAUAAUUAUAAUGUUUAUUUUAUAGCUUAUGUAUAUGUGCUUAGUUCAGUUGGAUUACAAUAGUAUACAUAGAGUUCCCAUAGUGGGCACGGUUAGAAACAAAAAAACAAAAUAACACUUCUCCCUCAUUGUUCGCUACAAAACGUUUACGUCACUUAAUUCAGGAUCCAUAGAUAGGGGCCGAUUGAUAGGUCAGUCAAUAAGACAUUUCUGUCCUUUUUUUAAUACGAUUUGUAAUAAUUGACAAUUAUUUGCCACACCUGAUAAAUUAUUUUCCCUUUUAAUUGUUAUUUUAAUCUCCGCAUUUUUUUUUUUUUUUUUUACGGGUUUUGUUCGAUCUCUAAUACACUUGUAUAUCUUUGUAAAACCAUAAGCUUCUUCGCUCCACUCAGAAUCUAAAACCAGAUUGAAAUUAGGUAUUUAUUUAUUCGUACUCCGCAAAGAGUGUAUUAUUAUACUGUAGCAACGCGCAUUAUCAUUUCCGUAUGGCAAAAUCACCGCGUAUUUUACAUAACAAUAAUAUGUAAUGAUAUUACAUUGCAGAACGCGUAUAGUAUGCAAUUCUUCAAAAUAAAUUUAAUAUUUGGUUUUUAUUAUUUUUCUUGGAAAAUAAUGGAUUUACGAGAAAUUUCGUAAUUGUAUUUUUUGUAGAAAAUAUCAUAGUUUACAAUUAAUAAUUUAUGUAUUUGUGUCGGAAGCGCUAUAUAUCGUCAGUUAAACUCGAAAAACUAUAAAACUACCAUUUUUUCAAACUUCAACUCUCUUGCGGCACGGGAAGGGGGCGAGUAAUCAUCUCCAAAUUCAAUCUAAUUACUUUCUUAUAGUUAUGAAUAAAAAUAGGGGGUCCUGAUACAAAAAUUCGAAAUUUAAAAUAUAAGGACCGGUCUAACGUAUACCUUUAGAAAACAAGGCGAGUACACUAGUCUCGUAAGUAUUAAUUUUUUAAAAUUUUUUUUUUGUACGUUUAAAAAACUAUCAGAUCUAUAACUCGUUACACUACCGUUGUUUUUCUCACCCUUAUUUGUGGGAAUGAAAUCCACUACCUACGUUUGAUUUUCAAACGGUAACCUAUAUAAAAAAUUCCAUAAAUAAAUGGAUUAUUCAUUUAAAGAUAUUUUGGUGUUGAAAUGUUUGAUUUCCGUCAACCAUCGAUGAUAUAUUACUGCAUCUUUUGAGUUUAGGUAGUGACAGAGUAGUGGAUCACAUAAAUGAUGCUCCACUCUACUGCUCUCUCCAUCUAAACAUUAAAAUGGAAAUUGACGGAAAUUAAAAAAUAAUGGUUAUGUAAUGUAUUCGUAACAUUUAAAGUUGGUUGUUUCUUAUAUUGUCAAAAAUAAAAAAAAAAUGUUUGAAAAGUUUAUACCUUCCGAGAUAAUGAGUGUACCCACUUAAAUGCAUCUACUUGUAUAAUCGUAAAUCAUUUUUUUUUUUUUUUUGUUUUACAAAUUGUAUUAUAAUUUGUGAAUUAGUUCUGUGGUGAGACUCAAAAGAAAAAAAAAAAACAACCGAUACUUGGGAUGGGUGUACCCAUUGUUGUGGGAAGAUGGGAAGGUUGUACACAAAUAGUAAUUUAAUUCAUUGCUAACAGCGAUUCGGACCUCUAAAUUUUACUCGCUGCAAUGCGAUUUUGUUUGGUAUAGUGCAGUGGUUUUCAAACUGGGUGCCGCGGCAUACUGGUGUGCCGCGAUUAUCCACUAAGUGUGCCGCGGUUUUUUCAUAAAUUGUGAUAUAAAAAAAAUAAAUGCGUUCAAUCGCUAUCGUUAUGCAUUUACUAUAUAUUUACUUAUAUAUAUAUAAAUCGACAGUUAGUAGGAAUAAAGUGAUUAAGACAAGUAAUCUCAGAUAACUAUUGAACUAUAAAAUGUAUAGAUAAUAUUAUUAGACCCCAGGCAGUAUAUCCGUCGCAACCGACCUGGACGUUUACGCCGGUAUUCGUAGAGUAGUUUGUCUACUAAUUCUAUUGCAAUAGCGUACGAGUAUUUAUAAAAAAUACAUUUAUAUAUACUUAUAAUUAUAAAUUGUAAUCAUGGAUAAAUUUGUUACUCGUUCUGUUGACAAUAAUCCGCCAGUAAGUCAACCACCAGAAAAAAAAAAAAAAAAAAAAAAAAGUAAUAUUCGUCAGUAUCACGAAGAUUACUUAAAAAUCGGAUUUUCUUGUACUGGUGAUAAGAAUGAUCCUCGUCCGUGGUGCGUUGUAUGUGGUGAAAAAUUGUCAAUUUUUUUGUAAAUAAAUUUAAUAACAAAUUAAUUACUAAUACAAUGUAAUUAUAAUUAAUAAAUAUUUGUUAGUCCAUUAAUCACACAUUUCUAAUUAAAUGUAUUUACAAUUACAAUUAAUACAAAACAAUUUUGUUCAUUUGAAUAAAAAAAAAAAAAAGGUCAGUGGGCCGUGAAAAUUUUUUGAAGUAUACGGUGUGCCGUGUAUAAUAAAAGUUUGAAAACCACUGGUAUAGUGUGUGAUCCACUUUAAAAUUUAAUCUACUAGUAUAGUUUUGUAUAAUAAAAUUCAGAUGUAUUAUAUAAUACGUCACAGCCUACAGGUGAGUGUUGUGGAAUCGGUUAACGUCGUUGUAUUUACAUAUUUUGUACAUGAAAAUCGAAAUUUUGCGCCGUUAGUUUUAAUACUUAAGUGUUUUGGCUUACUAUCAAACUUAAAAGGUAAGAACAUUGGCUGUGGUUGUACGUUGGUUUUUUUCUCGGUAUUUCGAUUUUCGAACGAAUCACGGAUAUCCGAAAUAUCAAAAGUCAAAAACCGUCGAGUCUAGACGUUUUUGAGAAAAAAAAACGUGACGUUGACCGCUUUCGCAGCGUUUACCCAGUAACACUGGCGUGGUGACGGCAGGAGGAGGGCGAAUUUCUUCGGUUACCCCUUCCCGAACACGUGCCGGUUCGCAGCCCUGUCACGCGCACAGCCAACGGAAAUUCGGGAAUCAAAUGCGUACUAUUGUUAUUGUUGUUAUCUGAAUACUCAACGGACCAGAGACGGGGACGUGUAAUAAUUUUACACCGAACAAUUAAUAAUAUUUUCAAUUAAACCCCCCCCCCCCCCCCNCCCCCAUCCCUCCCUCCCCCCCACGGUCAUAAAACACGAAUCCGUACGUAACGUCACCGUGUUUGUAUUACGUUCAAUGCGUGUAAUUUAACGUUGAGCCGUUUCGAACGUGUAACGUAAAUACUAUUUGUUUGUACACGGUCUACGAACGCGAAGAGUAAAUAUCAUAUUCGUGUAAAACGUAUGCGCGUUCGGUAUUUAUUAUGGCGUAUUCACAUUUACGUAUACGUAGAUUAUAAACGGUUUUAAAACGCCCAACAACAAUAACACACGAGCGCGUUUUGUAAAAACCGACGGCGCGCGGGUCGUAUCUAUUUUAUGGUAUUCCGGGACGGCACAAUAUUUUUUCGGCACCUAUUUGAACGCCCUCGGAGAUCCGCGUGGUUUGUCGGUGAAAAUUUCGUAAAAUAAAAAUGAACCAUCCGUUUUAUUACAUCCGCCGAGUUUUUUUUUUUUUGAACGAUGAUAACACUAUCAGAAUUGUCUACACACACACAGAAAGACAUUAUGGUUAUGACUGCAGCAAUUUAUUCGAUUGUAAAAACUGUUUUGCAGUGAAAAAAUGUACUCGGGCUUACUAUAGUCAUGAGUCAAUAAUCCGGUCGCCGGUUUGAGAACAAAUGAUAACCAAACAAACAAAAAAAAAAAAAAAAAACAAUAUUUUAAUACAAUAAAAAAACGAGGUAAUUUUUUUCAGAAAACACUGUGGUAUCUAACUUCAUCAGUUUGUGCUCGAUCCAGGUACGGGUUCAUAAAUAAUAUUAGCAAAACUACACUUAGUAAUACGUUAGUCGUUUGUUUCAAGUCAACUGUGAUAAUAAUGGGUCGUCGCUUGUGGCCGCGUCCCGGGAAAAAUACGAACAACAAAUUAUACAUUUAUACAGGGUGUACCACGAAGAUUUCACACCUGAUAUAACUUUUGGACCGAUAUAGCCGUGUUUUUCGUAUACUUUUGUUAAACCCGGACAUUUCCCAAAACCGGACGCCAAUCCAGACGUAUGGUAACCUUGCAGCUAUAGCACCUAAUAUCAGUAAAUUAGAUUUUCACGGUAAACAAUGGAAAACUUGCACCGUGCGACGUUGGUUUUAAUUUAUCGAUAGCGCAAUAUUAUCAAUAAAAAAAAUAAAUAUAUAUUUGGUUUCGCAAUCGAAGUCUAUAAUCCGAGUAGUUUUUGCCCGCGUGAAAUAGUUUCACCUGCACCGUAAUCUGUUCAUUUCAUGAUCGCGCAGUAAUUACUCGCGCAGGGUGUGUACCCAAGUAACCCGACAAGCAACCCCCAAGUAUCAGGUAAUUUUUUUUUAAAAAAAAUAUAUUUGCCCCCGUCUCAAAGUUUACACUCGUUCAGCAGGGCCUAAAGUAGCGUAUUUUAGAACGAAAAAUGAUAUGCAUGCGAACAUUUUCGAAAUUCCAGCGUGUUGGAAAGAAAUGUGCUAUUCUUAAAUGUUAUGAACUAUUGAAUGGGCGCUAGAGGAACUACAGACAGCCCCGACGUACCGAAAAACGUAAAUACGUCUCCGGAAUGCCCGUCUUAUUUUUUCGGUGCAAAUAACAAACGCGUUUAAAAAAUUUUAGCGCAUAUAUUGGCGCGUCUUUUUUUUUUUUUUUUUUUUUUUUUUUUAAAUUUCGCAUCGAUAUCGAUGCAACCGGCGAAAUUAUCGAUCAUCGGAUUAGUAUAUAAUAUAUUAUGCGUCGUUUAGCGAACGGUUUCUGUAUCUCGCGACCCGGACAGUACCCGGGUCCUUUAUAUUAUUAUAGAUAUUAUAGACAUAUUUGCGUAUUAUACGAUUAUUGUCGUCGAGACAAUGAUGGAAAAAAAAAAUAUAUAAAAAAUAACCAGUGUCACUAUAUAUUAUUCACACAAUCUUAACCAAUCAUCGGUUCCGAAGCCGGACGCGCGGUACCAUUAAAAAAAUCCUUUCUAUUAUUAUUAUUAGGUACACAUCAUCUAACCGUCGCGUACAAUAUCUCGCAUUUACGACCGGGUUAGGUUAGGCUAUAAUAAUAUUAGUACCCAUACUAUAUAGAAAGUUCCGCGAUUGUUAUUUAAAUUAGAUUUUUUUUGUUUUUUUUUUUUUUGUAGCUACUAAUUAUUAUUACAAGAAAAAAAAAUAGAGCGUACCUAUAACAAGUAGGUAUACGUAUAGAUUCGCAGAUUUACGCGUAUACGCAGAUAAUUAGAAACAACCACCAGCGGCGGAUCCACGGGAUGGGGGGGGGGCUGAUCGUUACUCUUCUGUUCGCCAUCUAGUGCCUCGUAUGAAUUUUCAAAAUCGCCUCAACCCACUCGCUAUAUUCUCGCCGAUCCGUCUCCACGCGUCCACGGGUAUUUUUCCACAGUGCUCCCACCGUGCCUACGCAAAGAUAGUUUUUGAAAAAAAAAAAAAAAAAUAAAACAAACGAUUAUAAUUUUAUCGAGUAUUAAUCAUUUUAAUUUAAAUUAGGUUUGGUAUGUCGCCAUAAAUAAUUUAUGUAUCAAAUAUCGAUACGUUUCAAUUUACAAUUUUCUUACGAUAGAUAGCAAUAUUCGAGGGCGUUCGGAAGUGAAAAUUCAGAGUGAAGGAUAGCCUUAAUUUGUAUUAGUAACCAAACACUUUUAUUAAUGUAUUAUAUGUGUAUUUUCGGAAAUAUUUAAAGGUAUUAUACUACAGUAUUACACUACAGGUUACCAAUUGAACACAAAUUGCCAUUUUAUUAUAAUUUUCUGAAAUUCGUCAACAGCAUUUUCUGUUAAAUCGAAUUCAUCGACUUUUUUCCUAUGCAAACCUAACAUACAUAAUCCGGAUGAACGAUUCUCGCGCAUUAGAUAACCGCAAGUCAGCUGAUCACAAAAAACAUCCACAAAUGAUCGGCGGUUGGUACCAACUCAAAAUCAUAGGACAUAAAUAAUAAAUAUCAUAGUAAAUACCUAGAUAAAUAUCAAUACACUUUGGUACCAAUAAUGGAUUUCGGGGUUUUGAGGUAUUGAAUUUGGAUAUAAUUAUUUUAACUUGCCCCAAAGCUAUAAGGGGUGGGGGGAUUGUUGUCCCCACCCCUCCCCUAUUCGGCAAUAUUAUUGAUUUAUUAUAUUUUUUCUACACACGAAAAUUAUUUGUGCGUAUUAAAAUGUUUCCCACUUCGAAUGUUUUUUUUUUUUCGAAAUAAAGGUAUUAUUAUUAAUUCAUUAUAAUUUAUACAAUUUUCAAUCGCGGAAAAACAUCGUGAUAUUAUAAUAGUACUUAUAUCAUUGUGCUAUUUUUAAAAAUUGUAAAAUUUUUUUUUUUAUUAUUUGAGAAGUACUUAUGGCCUGAUAAAAUCCCCUCCUUUUUAUUGUAUUCGUGGAGCCAGGUGGCAGAUAACGUCGCCGGGUACUUGUGUCCCACCACGGCCGCAGCCGAGCUGCCCGGCAAUUCGUGUGACGUUUAUAUAACUGCUGGCCGCCGCCGUGCCGAUGACUUAAUAAUAUAACAACAAUAACAUCGCAUAUUUAUCGCCGUGGUUUUUCACGUGUUUCAGGCGAGGAGGAGCCGGCCGCACACCCGUACGCGGCUCGGCGGCGACCGUCCGCCGGCAGUCAUGUCACCGUCGUCGUCGUCGUCGCAUCAUCACCGCCGUCACGACCGACACGACAGCCGCCGUGACGACGACCGCAGCCCGCGUCAUUGUAGUCGACCGCGCAGUUUGAUUGGUGACCGACCGCCCGUGCUCCGCAACUCGAGUCCCGUUCCGGUCGCUUUCGACGACACCAUCGCCAUCACUAUCAUCAUGACGGCGGCCGCAUCGAUAUGA